CGGCCCGAGCGCGCCCACCUGAGCCCCAGCGCCGGCGCCAUGGCGGAGCAGGAGAGCCUGGAGUUCGGCAAGGCGGACUUCGUGCUGAUGGACACCGUCUCCAUGCCCGAGUUCAUGGCUAACCUCAGGCUCAGAUUUGAAAAAGGGCGCAUCUAUACAUUUAUUGGAGAAGUCGUCGUUUCUGUGAAUCCUUACAAGUCGUUGAACAUCUAUGGGAGAGACACGAUUGAGCAGUAUAAAGGCCGUGAGCUGUAUGAGAGACCGCCUCACCUUUUUGCUAUUGCGGAUGCUGCUUACAAGGCUAUGAAGAGGCGAUCAAAAGACACUUGUAUUGUGAUAUCAGGGGAAAGUGGAGCUGGCAAAACGGAAGCCAGUAAGUACAUUAUGCAGUAUAUUGCGGCCAUCACCAACCCCAGUCAGAGAGCAGAGGUUGAAAGAGUGAAGAAUAUGUUGCUUAAGUCCAACUGUGUUUUGGAAGCUUUUGGAAAUGCCAAAACCAAUCGUAAUGACAACUCAAGCAGGUUUGGAAAAUACAUGGAUAUCAACUUUGACUUCAAGGGUGACCCUAUUGGUGGGCAUAUCAAUAACUACUUACUAGAAAAGUCUCGAGUGAUUGUGCAACAGCCAGGAGAAAGAAGCUUUCAUUCUUUCUACCAGCUACUCCAAGGAGGUUCAGAGCAGAUACUACGCUCUCUACAUCUCCAGAAAUCCCUUUCAUCGUACAGCUAUAUACAUGUGGGAGCUCAAUUAAAGUCUUCUAUCAAUGAUGCUGCUGAAUUCAAAGUUGUUGCUGAUGCCAUGAAAGUCAUUGGCUUCAAACCUGAGGAGAUCCAAACAGUGUAUAAGAUUUUGGCUGCCAUUCUGCACUUGGGAAAUUUACAAUUUGUAGUAGAUGGUGACACGCCUCUUAUUGAGAAUGGGAAAGUAGUAUCUAUCAUAGCAGAAUUGCUCUCCACUAAGACAGACAUGGUUGAGAAAGCCCUUCUUUACCGGACCGUGGCCACAGGCCGUGACAUCAUCGACAAGCAGCACACAGAACAAGAGGCCAGCUACGGCAGAGAUGCCUUCGCCAAGGCAAUAUAUGAGCGCCUUUUUUGUUGGAUUGUGACUCGCAUCAAUGAUGUUAUUGAGGUCAAGAACUAUGACACCACAAUCCAUGGGAAAAACACUGUUAUUGGUGUCUUGGAUAUCUAUGGCUUUGAAAUCUUUGACAACAACAGUUUUGAACAAUUCUGCAUCAAUUACUGCAAUGAGAAACUGCAGCAGCUAUUUAUUCAGCUGGUUCUGAAGCAAGAACAAGAGGAAUACCAGCGGGAAGGGAUUCCCUGGAAACAUAUUGACUACUUCAACAAUCAGAUCAUUGUUGAUCUUGUGGAGCAACAGCACAAAGGGAUCAUUGCAAUCCUCGAUGACGCUUGUAUGAAUGUCGGCAAAGUCACCGAUGAAAUGUUCCUUGAAGCACUUAACAGUAAAUUGGGCAAACAUGGUCAUUUUUCCAGCCGAAAGCUCUGUGCCUCAGACAAAAUUCUGGAGUUUGAUCGAGAUUUUCGAAUUCGACAUUAUGCAGGUGAUGUAGUCUAUUCUGUCAUUGGUUUUAUUGACAAAAAUAAAGAUACUUUAUUUCAAGAUUUCAAGCGCCUUAUGUAUAACAGUUCAAAUCCUGUGCUCAAAAAUAUGUGGCCUGAAGGCAAACUGAGCAUUACAGAGGUGACCAAGCGACCUCUGACUGCUGCUGCCUUGUUUAAGAAUUCUAUGAUUGCUCUAGUAGACAACCUUGCAUCAAAGGAACCAUAUUACGUUCGUUGCAUCAAACCCAAUGACAAGAAAUCUCCACAGAUAUUUGAUGAUGAACGCUGCCGGCACCAAGUAGAAUAUCUUGGACUACUGGAAAAUGUGAGAGUACGUCGGGCAGGAUUUGCCUUCCGCCAGACCUACGAGAAGUUUCUUCACAGGUAUAAGAUGAUCUCUGAAUUCACCUGGCCCAAUCAUGAUCUUCCUUCAGACAAAGAGGCUGUCAAGAAACUGAUUGAACGGUGUGGUUUUCAGGAUGAUGUAGCUUAUGGGAAGACCAAAAUUUUCAUUCGUACACCCCGAACAUUGUUUACCUUGGAAGAACUCCGUGCCCAGAUGCUCGUAAGGAUUGUCCUCUUUCUACAAAAGGUGUGGCGGGGAACCCUGGCCCGCAUGCGGUACAAGAGAACCAAGGCAGCUCUGACCAUAAUCAGGUACUACCGGCGCUACAAAGUGAAGUCAUACAUCCACGAGGUGGCCAGACGCUUUCAUGGCGUCAAGACCAUGAGAGACUACGGGAAGCACGUGAAGUGGCCAAGCCCUCCUAAAGUUCUUCGCCGUUUCGAGGAGGCCCUGCAGAUGAUUUUCAAUAGAUGGAGAGCAUCCCAACUCAUCAGGAGCAUUCCAGCCUCAGACCUGCCCCAGGUCAGGGCAAAGGUUGCAGCCAUGGAAAUGCUGAAGGGUCAAAGGGCUGACCUGGGGCUCCAGAGGGCCUGGGAGGGCAACUAUCUUGCUUCAAAGCCAGAUACACCUCAGACCUCAGGUACUUUUGUCCCCGUUGCUAAUGAACUGAAACGGAAAGACAAAUACAUGAAUGUCCUCUUUUCCUGUCAUGUCCGUAAGGUAAAUCGAUUUAGUAAGGUGGAAGACAGAGCAAUUUUUGUCACUGACCGCCACCUAUAUAAAAUGGAUCCCACUAAACAGUACAAGGUGAUGAAGACUAUCCCUCUAUACAAUCUGACUGGUCUGAGUGUCUCCAAUGGAAAGGACCAACUUGUAGUCUUCCAUACGAAAGACAACAAAGACCUCAUUGUCUGCCUCUUCAGCAAACAGCCAACUCAUGAGAGUCGAAUUGGAGAACUUGUGGGAGUGCUGGUGAAUCAUUUCAAGAGUCUUUAUUCAACCUGGACCCAUUAUUUCUGCCUCGCCAAGUACACACCCACAAAUUGGAUGUUUGCUAAAACAUUUGAAGGCAAUCUUUAAUAAAGUACAGGCAUACCUCAUCUUCUUGUUCUUUGCCUUAUUAUACUUCACAGAUAUUGUGAUUUUUACAAAUCGAAGGUUUCUGGCAACCCUGCGUUGAACAAGUCUAUUAGCGCCAUUUUUCCAACAGCAUAUAUUAAUUUUCUGUCUCUGUGUCACAUUUUGAUAAUUCUCAUAAUAUUUCAAAACUUUCUGUUGUUAUUAUCUGCUAUGGUGGUCUUUGAUCAGUGAUCUUCGUUAUUAUUGUAAUCAUUUCAGGGCAUCACAAACUGCACCCAUGUAAGGCAUCAGACUUAAUUGAUCCAUGUUGUGUUCAUUCUGACUGUUCCACUGACCAUCUAUUCCCCAUCAUCUCUCUUCCUCUUUUGGGCUCCCUUAUUCCCUGCGAUACAACAAGAUUGAAAUUAGGUCAGUUAAUAAUCCUACAAUAGCUUCUAAAUGUUCAAGUGAAUGGGAGAGUUGCACAUCUCUCAAUUUAAAUUAAAACCUAGAAAUGGGUCAGGUAUGAUUGCUCAUGCCUAUAAUCCCAGUACUUUGCCAGGUUAAAGCGGGAGGAUUGUUUGAGGCCAGGAGUUCCAGACCGUGGUCUGCACAACAUAGCGAGACUCCAUCUCUACAAAAAAAUUUGAAAAUUAGUCAAGUGUGGUGGCAUACACCUGUAGUCCCAGCUACUUAAGAGGCUGAGUUCAAGGCUUCAGUGAGCCAUGAUUGUACCACUGCACUCUAACCUAGGUGACAGAGCAAGACCCUGUCUCAAAAAAAAAAAAGGAAAGAAAGAAAGAAAAGAAAAAGAGAAAACUAGAAAUUAUUAAGUUUAGUGAGCAAGGCAGAGUUGAAAGCUGAGAAUAGGCUGAAAGCUGGGCCUCUUAAGUUAAACAGCCCAGUUAUGAAUGCAAAGGAAACAGAAAUUCUUAGGAAAUUAAAAGGGCUAAUUUAGUGAAUACAUGAAUGAAAAAAAAUGGUGAAACAGUCUUAUUGCUGAUAUGGAGAAAGUUUGGGUGGUCUGGAUAAAAGAUCAAACUAGCCAAACAUUCCCUUAAACCAAAGCCUAAUGCAGAGCAAGGCUCUAAACUCUCUUCAGUUCUUUGAAGGCUGAGAGGGGUGAGGAAGCUGCAGAAGAAAAGUUGGAAGCUAACAGAGGGUGGUUCAUGAGGAUUAAGAAAAGAAGGCAUCUCCAUAACGUAGAAGUGAAAGGCGAAGUAGCAAGUGAUGAUGGAGAAGCUGUGGCAAGUUAUUCAGAAGAUCCAGCUAAGAUAAUUAAGGUGACUACACUAAACAACAGAUUUUCAGUGUGGACAAAAUAGUCUUACACUGGAAGAAGAUGCCCUCUAGGACUUUCAUAGCUAGAGAGGAGAAGGUCAAUGCCUAGCUUCAAAGGACAGGCUGACUCUUUCAUUAGGACUAAUGCAGCUGGUGACUUUUAAGUUGAAGCCAGUACUCACUGACUGUUCCAAAAAUCCCAGGGCUCUUAAAAUUACACAAAAUCUACUCUGCCUGUGCUCUCUAAAUGAAACACAAGGCCCGCAUGACAGCACAUCUGUUUAUGGCAUAGUUUGCUAAAUAGUUUAAGCCCACUGUUGAGACCUGCUGCUCAGAAAAAAAAAAAAAAGAUUUCUUUCAAAACAUCACUACUCACUGACAAUGCAUCUAGUUAUCCAAGAGCACUGAUGGAAAUGUGCAAGGUGAUUAAUGUUGUUCCCAUGCCUGCCAACACAACACCUAUUGUGCAGCCCAUGGAUAAAGGAAUAAUUUCAACUUUUAAGCCAGUUGUUUAAGAAAUACAUUUAAUAGCCAGGCACAGUGGCUCAUGCCUGUAAUCCCAGCACUUUGGGAGGCUGAGGUAGGCUGAUCACCUGAGUUCAGGAGUUCAAAACCAGCCUGGCCAACAUGACGAAACCCCAUCUCUACUAAAAAUACAAAAAUUAGCCCAGUGUGAUGGUGCACAUCCAUGAUCCCAGCUACUUGGGAGGCUGAGAUAGGAGAAUCGCUUGAACCCAGGAGGCAGAGGUUGCAGUGAGCCAAGAUUGCACCACUGCAUUCCAUGUUGGUCAAUAGAGCAAGAUUCUGUCUCAAAUAAACAAAAAGAAAAAGAAAAAAAAACAUUUCAUGAGGCCACAGCUGCCAUAAAUAGUGAUUCCUCUGAUGGAUCUGGGCAAAGUAAAGAAAACCUUCUGGAAAGGAUUCACCAUUCUAGAUGCCACUAAGAACAUUUGUGAUUCAUGGGAGGUCAAAAUAGCAACACUAACAGAAGUUUGGAAAAAGUUGAUUCCAACUCUCAUGGAUGACUUUGAGGAGUUCAAGACUUCAUUGGAAGAAGUUAUUGCAGAUGUAGUAGAAAUAGCAAGAGAACUUGAAUUGGAAGUAGAGCCUAAAGAUGUGACUGAAUAGCUAUAAUCUCAUGAUAAAACUCAAAUGGAUGAGGAGUAGCUUUUAUGUAAGAGCAAAGAAAGUGGUUUCUUAAGAUGGAAUCUACACCUGAUGAAGAUGCUCUUAACAUUGAAAUGAUAACAAGGCAUCUAAAUUAUUAUAUAAACUUCAUUGACAAAGCACUGACAGGAUUUGAGAGGAUUGACUCCAAUUUUGAAAGACAUCCUAUUAUGGGUAAAAUGCUCUCAAGCAUCCUCACAUGCUAUAGAGAAAUCUUUCAUGAAAGCAAGAGUCAAUCAAUGUGGCAAACUUCAUGGUUAUCUUAUUUAAAGAAAUUGCCACAGCCGCGCCAGCCAUCAGCAACCACCACCCUGAUCAGUGAGCAGUCAAGACAAGACCCUCCAACAGCAAAAAAGGUUACAACUCAUUGAAGACUUGGAUGAUCAUUAGCAUUUUUAGCAUUUUUUGUUCUUCUUUAGUAUCUGCUUAAUUAAAGGAGCAUUCUCAGUGGAUUUAACUGAACACUUGACCAACUUCUCUAUUACAGUUUGCUUAUGUUCUUUUUAACUCACUUUCAUUAUUAUUAUUUUUAAUUCAAGUAUAUACAGUAUUUAGACAUGAUGCUAUUGCACACUUAAUAGACUACAGUGUACUAAGUAAUGUAAUGUAAAGUAAUGUAAGCAUAACUGUUAUGUGCCCUGGCAAACCAAAAAAAAAUGGUGUGACUUGCUUUAUUGUGACAUUCACUUUAUUGCAGUGGUCUGCAGCUGAACCCAAUAUGUCUCCAGGUUAUACUUGUACAUUCCAAAAGGUGACACAAAGAAUAUAUAACAACCAGUAUGGCUCAAGCACAGACCAGUCAGAACAGACACCAUCCAGAAACGCCUGAUACCAGCAAGUCCACGCUGUAUUCCACAAAUCAAAAAUACCACCAUGGGGUGGGGAGACCCAAAGUCAAAUACAUUUAGGAUAUGCUAAUGAAGUCAAAUGCAUUUCUUUUAUUUCUUUUUUGAAAUAGAGUCUUGCUGUGUUACCCAGGCUGGAGUACAGUUGUGUAGUCUCAGCCCACUGCAACCUCUGCCUCGUGGGUUCAAGCAAUUCUCGUGCCUCAGCCUCCUGAGUAUCUAGAAUUACAGGCGUGUCCCACCACACUCAGCUAAUUUUGGUGUUUUUAGUAGAGAUGGGAUUUGGCCAUGUUGGCCAGGCUGAUCUCAAGCAAUCUACCUGCCCUGGCCCCACGAAAAUUCUGGGAUUACAAGCAUGAGCCACCAUGCCCGGCCCUAACAGGUUUCUUUACUGCAGUACUUCUGAGAGUCAUUAAUAUGCAUUUGUUCAUUUUAAAUGCAACCAAUGCAAGAAUAAUAGAAUUCUAUAUAUUGAUAUAAAACCAUUUCCAAAUAAGUAGGAAAUAAGGGCAAAGUACAGAAUGGUACUUUGGUGUGUGUACAGUACAAAUGGUGUGUGUUCUGUACCACCAUUUGUGUAAAGAAGUUGAAACAAGAGAUUAAAAUUUUUUUAAAUUUUGAGACAGAGUCUCGCUCUGUCACCCACGCUGGAGUGCAGUGGUACCAUCUCAACUCACUGCAACCUCCGCCCUCCCGGGUUCAAGCAAUUCUCCUCCCUCAGCCUCCCAAGUAGCUGGGACUACAGGCACCCACCACUACACCCGGCUAAUUUUUGUAUUUUUAGUAUGGACAGGGUUUCACCAUUUUCACCAGGCUGGUCUCAAACUCCUGACAUCAGGUGAUCCACCCACCUUGGCCUCCCAAAGUGCUGGGAUUACAGGUACCUGGCAAGAAGUUGAACCAAAAGUUAUCCAUAUCUAUUACUAGAUAACUAUAAGCAGAUAUAGCUCUAUCCAUAUAGGUAGAUAGACAUAUAGAUAUCUCCUUACAGCUUUUUUUUUUUUACAAAAAUAGUGAUAUGCUACACAUACCAUCUGUACUUUGCCAUUUUCCCCUACUAAACAAUGUAUAGAUAUAGGUACAGAUAGAUAUGUAUACACACAUAUGAUUAUGUAUAAUAUAGACUAUAUCUGGAAAGGUAUUUAGGAAAUGUAUGUGUUUGAGAGAACUAAGACACUUCAGUACAGGGAGAAAGAGGUAGGAGGAAGAUUUAUUUUUCAUAGUAAACCUUCUGUGACCAAUAUAUGUGUUACCGAUCUAAAAUUUUUUCAUUUUAAUAAUAAAUGGCAGCUAGUUUUUAAGCAUACGUGGCUCUGAAUUCAUUAUUAUUUUCCUUUCCUGCAUAGAAAAGUAGAAAAGAACAAAAGAACUGUCCAAGUGAACAAUCUCUCACAGCAUUUCAAUAUCUUGAAACAAUUCCAAGUGUAGCCUCUUGGAAUAUUAUCUUCUAUAUGGUCUUGUAUAUAUCACAUGUGCCUAAGGUGAGGUUUCUUUUUUUGUGGUUGUAAUGCCAGUGGUUUACAGAGGUUAUGAGUGUGGGUGUCUUUUGGUUUGCGUUUCAUUCUCAGCAGCAGCUACCUGCUGGUCCUGAGCUUUUCUGCCCACUACUAAACAGAUGGUCUUACAUUGGCUGACCUAACUAUGAAGUCACAAGAAACUCUGCAGUAUUAAGCUGUCAAAGGACCCAUCUGCCCUAAGCAGCUGUCCAGGCAUUUGCCUGUCUGGAUGCUGGAAACCUCAGUAUAACUCCAAUUCCAAGCAUUUAAAUUUCUUAUUUUUCCUGUUCUCUUUCUGUGGUUGAAAGCCAGAAAUCAGUGCCAUCUGCUUCUUGUUCUUCUUUAAUAUCUGCUUAAUUAAAGAAGCACUGUUACCGGAUUUAACUGAACAUUCAACCGGCUUCUCAGUUGUAGUUUGUGUAUAUUCUUUUUAACUCACACUUAGAGCCAUGGGGAGACUCAUACUGAUAAGCAGGCUAUCAAUUGGUGGCUGCACAUUGCUGUCACUGUGAGGCAGUACAGGUGAGGGGCCAGGGAAGGUGAGGCCUCAUGACCAGAGGUGAAGGAAGCAAAGGAUGGGGCCACCUCCCAAAGGUCUCAGCGCCUGGCAGUCUCUGCCCAGCACGGCUGCUGCUCACGCCUGCUGCUGCUCCUGCGGUGAGGCCCCUGCUCCUCCCCCACAACCCUAAAUGCCCAUUGGCCCUUGAUCUUUGUUCCCAGACUGCCCUCUUUGAAUGCCUGGCCACUCAUUUUAAUAGUUUAUAUUCCAUAAGCAAAAUAAAGGUAGUUGGAAAUCAUGUCGAUUGCCAGCUGUGGAGGACUGGUUGAUAAAUUUUGGUCCAUCAAAUUUAGGAUAUUUGAGCUAUUUACAAUGAUAAUUAUUGAAGGCACCUGAUUUAUGGGGGCCAGAAAAGGGAGUGGCCACAAUUCACUCUCCUCUGACUUCUGAUAGAGAUACACUUGAAAACACAGAAAGCAAUGCCACCUUUCCACAGUACUGGAAACUAGAAAUAUGACUCAAUCCUGGACCUGCUGAGAGGGGCAUCCUUCACCCCUGCUCAUAUGUUGCCUCACCAGGUCUUCCCUGACCAUCCUAUGGAGAAUAGCAAUUCAGCCUGUCCCCAUACUGCACUUAAUAUUUACACAUGGCUGUCAGCUCCACCUGCUAUGCUGUAUCUUUACCUGUGUAUUGUAUGUAUUCCAACUGGAAUAUAAGCUUCAUGUGAGCAGAGACUUUAUUUAUAUUGUUCACUGCUGUUUCCCUAAUGCCCAGAACAGUGCCUGGCAUGCAGAAGGUUCCCUGUAAAUAACAGUUGAAUACCCAUUGUUAAACAGAGAAAUGCUGACUGAUAGGUCCCACUCACAGUAGAGUACUUCUAGCACUUCCUACUGAUAGGUGCACCUUGCCCACCAGGAGAUGGUAACUCAGUCCUCCUCCUGUAUGAAAGAAAGGAAAAAUUCUUCUAAUAGUUUCCUUCCCUUUAUAAAUAUCUCUUUCCUUUUUGAAAGUUAUUUUUCUUAUUGACACAAUGAUUAUACAUAUUUAUGGUGUACAGUGAUAUUUUGAUACCUGUAUGCAAGGUAUAAUGAUCAAAUCAAGGUAAUUAGCAUCUCUAUCACCUCAGAUAUUUGUCAUUUCUUUUUGUUAGGAACAUUGAAAACCCUCUCUUCUAGCUAUUUGAAAAUAUGCAAUAAAUUGUUAAUUGUGACCAAUUAUAGAUAGAAUUACAGAUGCAGGAUUCUGUAGUCACCCUACAGUGCUAGAGAACACUGGAACUCAUUUCUCCUAUCUAGCUGUAAUUUUGUAUCUGUUAACCAACCUCUGGCUAUCCCUGCCACUUGCCAGCCCUCGCACCACUAUAUGAGUGUCUGUUUUCUUGAAUGAUUCCAGGAUUACAGCUCUAAGCAAUGUAAUGCCUGUGGGACAGAAGGGAGGGGGCAUUUCAAGAUAUUAAAUCAGCAACUAAAAGGGCUGUGUGCUGGAAGAGCCGUGGGCAUGUUGUAUGCUGGGGGCUGCAGCUUUCCAUUCACUUUUCUUUAGCCACUACAGAACUGGAGAUAAUUUCAGACUCUCCUUAUCAGUGAGCUGAUGAGGAAGCAGGAUAUAGGAAUUCCUACUCAGAUCAGCAGUUUCAUAAUAAGUAGAAGACUCUGAAACCACAACUAGAGUCUGUGCACACAAGCCAGCUCUCCAGCUUAAAAAGUGAGAAAUGGGUAGGCUAGAAGAAGGAGCCCCAAAAAAUCCAUAUGCCCCUUUAUGUAAGAACACCAGAACUGAAUAGAUGUCUCCUUAGUUGGGGUGCCUAUAAAGGAAGAUAUUAACAGUAAGAGAGAUAUUGAUAUUAUAAGACUUAAAAGAAAAAGCCAAUUUCUGAAAAUUUAUAUUAUAGAAACCAUCUGCUUAUACUCUGAAUAAAAUUCAAGAAAGCAUCAAUUCUACAUAAACAGGCCCAAGAUUACAUGGCAGACUGAGAUGAAGGGGGUGCUGGCUGAGAAACAAACAAAAGUGUUCAAUUAUUUGAAUGAAGUGAGGAAAGAUAUUUUAAAAUGUAAAUCAACAUUAAAAUCUGAAAAUGGCACAGUUGAUAUUGCAGAAAAUAGAAUUGAUAUGAAAGAAAAGUUUGAAGUCUCAAUGUGCAGAAUCUACUGUUGGCAGCAACAUUUUAUCUUUCUUAGCAAUACACAAAAUAAGGGUGCUCUUACAGCAAAGGAAUCUUAUAUUCAGUAAAAUACGGUAAUUUAAAAUAUACCAAAAGAAAAUAUGUAUGUACUGAAUGCACUUUUUCUGAAGCUCCAGAGACCCUACUUUGUUACCAUGAUGACCUUUUUUAAUUUCAAGAAUAUUUUAUAUAUAUAUAUAUGUAUAUAUAUAUGUAACUCUCCAGCUUAAAAACUGAGAAAUGAUUUUGGCUACAAACAAAUGGCUGUAAGAAAGAGCCACAAAGAGUCCAUAUGCCCCUUUAUGUAAGAAUACCGGGACUGAAUAGAUGUCUCCUUUUAAUAUAUGUAACUCUUAAUAUCUGUAACUCUCCUUUUUUUUUUUUUUUUUUUGAGACAGAGUCUUGCUCUGUCACCCAGGCUGGACCGUAGUGGCACAAUCUCAGCUAACCACAACUUGCGCCUCCCAGGUUCAAGCAAUUCUCCUGCCUCAGCCUCCUGAGUAGCUGAAUUACAGGUGUGAGCCACCACACCCAGAUAAUUUUUGUAUUUUUAGUACAGACGGGGUUUUACCAUGUUGGUCAGGCUGAUCUCGAACUCCUGACCUUGUGUUCUGCCCACUUCGGCUUCCCAAAGUCCUGAGAUUACAAGACUGAGCCACCACACCUGGCCAUAACUCUCCUUUUAUAUAUGACUGUGUAUAUAGUUAAUCCUUGAAAUUAAAAUAAUAUGUAUGAAACAUACAGACCUGGGAGUGGAAUGAGAUUCUCUUACAAAGGAAUAAAAAUUAGCAUCGCCUCCAUCUUCUGUGCUGCAGCAGUAACUGCCAGAUGCCAGGAGCAGCAUCUUUAAUCUUCUGAGGAGAAAAGGCUAGAAAGCAACAAUUAUACGCCAACCAAGUUGUCAUUUGUGUUUAGCAGACAAACGAGCUUCAGAAAGCAUGCUACUGGGGCUCUUUGGAAGAAGAACAGCUAUGAUCUGGGACUCAGAUGCUGUCACAAUCUCCAUCUCUCAUCUUCACAUCUCUUGUCUUGCCAGCUUCACUCUCCAGCAGUGGUGUCUUCCACAUGGCUGGAAAUGUCUGCAAAUAACUCUAUAUCUGCUUUUCCAGCCUUGUCACCAGUGGGAAAUUAAAGGAAUAAUCUUAGAGCUAUUGUCCUAAAACCCCAGGAAAAUGUUUCUACCGACUCAAUAACUAUGGCCAGAAUAAUGAUUGUCAUGGCAUAGGUAAGACGCCUACCCCAGUGACAGUAACUUUGGCCAGAGAAGUGGUAUCUUCCAUGAACUUGGAAGUCUCCAAUAAAACCUGGGGAAGAGCAUGUUUUGGAAGAGAGUGAGGCAGAGUGGGGCGUGAGUGAUUAGGAACGAGGUGUGUGUGGGGCCAAACUUUCCGGAAAGAAGCAGAAGGGACACAAUACUGGGCAAGAAAAACAAAUGGUAUCACAUUGUUUUUAAUUGUGAAAACAUAGAAACCAUAUAAAAGUUCAUCAAAAUAAACAUGGUUAAACAUGUAAUGAUAUUUCCAUACAAUUAAGUAGCAUGCCACCAUGAAAAAGACCAUGACAGUCUUUCUGUUAUCAGGUCUCCUUAAAGUAUGGGCUGCAUCUGCAUUAGAAUCACCUGAAGAUGUUUCUUCAAAAGGCAGCUCCCCUGGCCCCAUCGCAGGCCCUCUAAAUCAGACUUUCCCUGAACCUACAUUCUUAGUAAGUUACCCAGGUGAUCCCUAUGCUCAGGCUUGACAGCCACUGGUUCCAUGAACUUACACAGAAAAUAACCUGAAUGAGCACAUCAUGUUUUGAUAUGGCCAAAUUGCUGAAGCCAUUGCAAUGAAAGUAGAUUUUUUGUUGUUGUUGUUUUAAAUGAAAUCCCCAAAGAUUCGUGUUUUAAAAUUGCUGACAAGUAAAGUGCAGAAGAAACAUCCCCUACUGCCCCAGUGAAGAAAGGUGGGUUGGAAAGAGGGCUGAGGCUCAGAGAAAAGGGGUAAACAAGGAAUGGAGAGUAGAAAUGAGUGGAAGAUUACAGAGAAAUCACACAGAACCCAGAUCCUGUUUACCACAUCCACUUGUCCUAGAAAGAGCCGCCAGCCAUUCUAAGCAAUGGUUUUUAAUUACCCUAAGAAGUUCGCAGUGAGGACCCACCUGCACUUCCAGGUAGGAAACCCCACCUGCAAAGAGCAGGCUUCCACAUAAUGAACUUAACCUAUUUAUAUAUACUCAGACCCACCUGCUAUACACAAAGGAGUACAGAGAGAAAUCUUAAAAGGUUUUCAGUGUGACUAAGCUGGGACAAAAAUCAAACAGUGUUCAAGUGUAACAGCUGUUGUGUACUGUGAGCAAUCUACUGACUUUCCAUCUCGCUCUGUGCACAGUGCUGCCUGCACUGAGAAGCAGCUGCCCUUGGGCAAAGCUCCCCGAAAGGACAAGCAGGGGCACAGUCAUGCUCAGCUUUACCUGCUUUAAUGAUGGGAGAUUUUCUGGGGAUUUUUGUGCAGAUCAAAGAUUCUUAUUUGCUUUGUGACGUGUCCAUCAUUGCUUUUUAUGUUAAAAGAGUGAAUUCAAAAAUACUGGAAAACUGAUCUUUUCAGCAUUUCCAUUGAUUAUUGUGCCUUUAGAGUAAUCAUAUCACUUUUUAAAGGCCACAGCUCUAAACUUUACAAUGUAUGUUAAAACAGAGAUCUUCCUGUGAGGUAUUCAUGAAUUCACCAAAUGAUUAGUGAAUAAUACCCUGGUUUGUGCUAUCUGUUGGAAUUUUUUUCUAAAUUGAAUGUCAGAUAUAACUCUAAGGCGAUUUUUAAAAAGCUUUCUCAAUGUGUUUAUUUCAUGUCUUAGCAGCUAUAUUGGAAUCAGGAGUUUAUAUAAGCAUAAUAUACUCAGUGAAGUGUUUUAUCUGCAACAAACACUGUUCUAUUUUUAUACCACAUUCAGCAUGCAUUCACUAGGCUCCCACCACUGGUCAGGCUACAUGUGGUAGGAGGGAUACCACGGAGGACCAUGCAGUCCUUUCUAGUCCUUUCUCUUUCAACUGCUCUUAAUCCCAUGAAAAGACAGCAUGUACAUUAUACCGCCGGGUAUGUACCAUAAUAAACCAUGAAUAAAAGGCUGCGGAAGCACCGGGGAUAAACCAGCCCCCUUUGCCUACCAGAGUCAGGAGAUCCCUGGUAGAGCAAAUGGAUAAAAGGCUGCGGAAGCACCGGGAAUAAACCAGCCCCCUUUGCCUACCAGAGUCAGGAGAUCCCUGGUAGAGCAAAUGAUCACCCAGUUGGUUCUUCAAGUCUAGCUGAAGGUUACCAGCUGGGGGAUGAGGUGAGAUUUUCCCUAGAGAAGGGAGCAGAAUAUGCAAAAACUUGGUGGAGCUGGUACAUUUGGAAAAUUGGGUGAUCUCAGGGGACCAGAAGGGCUGUAGCAAGAAAUGAGACUGGAAAAAUAAGUAGAAGCUUUUAAAAGCCCAUGACAAUGAAUUUGAACUUUAUCAUAUAAGUAAUGGGGAGAAAUAAGUAUUAAAAUAUAAAACUGCACAACAAGACAAAGCCUGAUGACACAGAUACCACCUAGCCCGGACAUGCUCAAGAAUGCAAAAUAACUGUUCACUUAAGGGAAGUGGGAACUUGAGGAACACCAGUUGAUAUGUUAUACAUUUGUGGAUCCCACAGGCCAAAAAGAGUUAAUUGAACAAAGAAAGAGCUAGCAAGAUAGGAGUUACAAAGACAGGCAUUAAAUCUCAGUAAUAAAACCAGAAAUCAAAAAUCCUCAUGGAGUAAAAACUGUAACAAAAUUCUUUAGCUUUUGUAGCUUCCCUGAAAUUUGUUAUUUUGCCACCCCUAUAGUAAUUAGCAAUAAAAAUCCCUAAAAUGAAAAGGACCUACAUUUAUACCUUUAGGUAUGUGGAAAUUAAAGAAGCUUCCUCCUGUUCUAUAGCCAUUUGUAGGUAGAGAAGAUUCUCAAGGGACAAUGUGAAUGAUGGAAAUGUUAAAUUGGAGAGGAGGCAGGCUUGGGUGUGGGGCAUUUAUUGUCUGGUCUGUCCAGCAACCCCUUCUGGGACCUUCCUCUCCCCUGUCACACUUUUGCAUAGUCCAAUGAGAGGCAGCACAUCCUUACAUCGCCCUACUCCCUGGCAAGAGCUGAGCAGGCCGCAGGUGGUGUCUGACCCAACCUGGACCACUUUCCCCAUCCUCAAGAUUUUGGAUCUCUGGAUCAGAGAAGACUUAUAAUUCAUUGCCUCUCCUAUGCAUGAAGUUUGGGAGCUGUGGCUCAACAUGUUUCCAAAGGUGAAGAUGCUGGUUCAGUAAGAGAGAACAGCAUAGAGCAUAACGAACCCACAGGGAGCAGCAGGACUUGAGGUGAAGCAGGACCUGACACAUCCAAGCCCCAGGUCUGCUUCCCCAAGAGGCCGGCCACCUUGUGGUCAUCAGACUGUAUGCCCUUUGUUGAUUUUUUGUGACCUGAAGCAGGCCAACUUGUCAAAAAUGUGUUCAUGGUUGACACUAUUGUAGUACUGUACACUUGGAAAUUGUUAGGAGGGUGAAUUUUCUCUUGGGGGGGCUAUGGGGUGCCACAGGUUGUGGUUUUUUUUUCUUUUUUUGAGACAAAGUCUUGCUCUGUCACCCAUACUGGAGCGCAGUGGUGCAAUCUCGGCUCACUGCAACUUCCACCUCCCAGGUUCAAACAAUUCUCCUGCCUCAGCCUCCCAGGUAGCUGGGACUACAGGUGUCCACCACCACACCCAGCUAAUUUUUUUAGUAGAGAUGCAGUUUCACCAUGUUGGCCAGGCUGGUCUUGAUCUCCUGGUCUCAAGAGAGCCACCCAUCUUGGCCUCCCAAAGUGCUGGGAUUACAGGCUGAGCCACCACUCCCAAUCUUUGCCACAGUUUUUUAAAUGGAUUUUAAAAAUUAGUUCACCAAAAGUCAGUUUACCCAGUACCAGUUCAUGGAAUUUAUAAAAAUUUGUGAAGUUACCAAAAACUAGUCUUGAAGAAGAUCCUUGAAUAUGUCCCUUCUAACAGCUUUUUAUUAUAUGUUCAGGGUGAAAAAAACUAAGGCUCUUGGGUUGGGUUAGUUUUUUUUACUAAGUGGAGCAGAAAAAUGGACUUCACUCGGGUCUAUAGGUACGCUGUUUGCAGUUUAUUUUGAAUGACCAGAGAAGGACAUCCUUCUGUCAGAUGCUUGCAAAGAACUAGCAGUAUGUGUGUCUUCUGUCAGGCAUCAUGCUCUUGAAGGAGGUCCUCCCAGAUAGCAGUGUUAGCGUUUGACUGUCAGAAACAAGCAACCUACAUUUCAGCUCAUGCAAAUCCACAUUUUUCCUAGAAGGUAGCUCUAUACACUUUCAAGCCAGCAACUGUCAAAAUCCACAGAUUUUAGCACUUCCCAUGGGGAUUUUAGCUUAUCCUAAAUUUUGAAAUCCUCUUUGUUAUUUUCCAUUUGAUAUUCAGCUUUCUUCUAUCAAAUUUGCCAGAUGACUAAUUCAUCUAAUUUAUCAAAUUUAUAGAUUUACCAAAAAUGUGUUUCUUUUGACUCUUUAUAAGUAUACAAUCAGCUAGGUGAGAUGGCAAUUAAUAGCUUUUGAGGAUUUCUAGAAAGUUCUAAUUGAUUUUUCAUUUUGUUUAUAUAACAACAGUUUCUGGCCCUGCUGCUGCAGCUGGAAGUAGCUGGAACAGAGGAGAGAGGGGAAGAAAGGAGAGUCUGUGCCCAGUGCAUCUGGGCUGCCAAUCCCACAGGGAAGGGAGGCUGAAGAGAAGAGGGAGCAGAGGGAGGGGCCCAAGAAGGGGUAAGCUGAAGGGCAGGAGAGAGGCUGACAGCCCAAGAACCCCAAGUAUUCACAGCCCCCAUAGGCCCUGCUAAUUCAUCCAGCAAAAAAUGGAUAAACAAAACUCAGUCUUGUUAAAUAUGCAAAUUUGGUAAAUUUGGCAAACUAAUCAUUCAGCAGAUGACCUUUGGUGAAUUUACCAUUUGGCAAGUGACUCUUUUUUUUUUUUUUUUGAGAUGGAGUUUCGCUCUUGUCAUCCAGGCUGAAGUGCAGUGGCACGAUCUUGGCUCACUGCAACCUCCACCUCCCGGGUUCAAGCAAUUUUCCUGCCUCAACCUCCCGAGUAGCUGGGAUUACAGGCACCCACUACCAUGCCUGGCUAAUUUUUAUAUUUUUAGUAGAGACGGGGUUUCACCAUGUUGACCAGGCUAGUCUCGAACUCCUGACAUCAAGUGAUUCACCCACCUCAGCCUCCCAAAGUGCUGGGAUUACAGGUGUGAGCCACUACUCCCUCCCUGGCAAGUUACUUUUUAAUCAGUGAAUUGUCCUAGUGCAUAACAACUUCUCCUUUUUGCUUAAGCCAUUAUGAAUUGGGUUUCUCUCACUUGCAUCCAAGAGAGUACUAACUUAAUGAGUCCUGGAAAAACUGGUAACAAAAAUGAGAGAGGAGUACUGCUUGUUGUUCCAAGAGUAGGACAGUCAUCACUGUUUAGAGAAAAUGGUAUCAUUUAUUAAAGGAACUUGUUUUCAUCAUACCCAUCAAGAAAUAAGUUUUUGAAACUAAGAACAAGCAUUAAGAGGGAAUUUAAAGCCCAACUAGGAAAAGAGGACUGCUGAAUGCUUUAUUCAUUGAGACCUCCACACCAGAUGACUCACAUCCUGAGACACUGGAAAGCAUCUUGAUAUGAACCCCCAUUCACUCUCAGAAAUCUUUGAGCAGUAAUGGAGAGUGGAAAAGGGCCAGGAAACUGAAGGCAGGUAAACGUUUUCCUUGUUGUGCAAAUGUGAACACAGAUGCAAAAAUUAUAGUUAUUGUUGAACCUAACAUAAGUUUUCAGGACAAUUCUAAAAUAAAUUGUUAUAAUUUAUAUGUACUUAAAGAAAAAAAGCAACAAAAGAAAGCAUAAGUUCAAUGAGAAGAAAUUGGGUAAAACUAACACAAUUUUCCCUAAACAGUGACUUUAAUGAAGACAUACUUACAAAUUUCCAUAUAAGAAAAACCCAGCGAGGAUAACUUACAUUUUGAUAACAGGUUAGGAUUCAAAGUACCUUGACAGGCUAAAAUAAUGAGAAGAAACCACAUAAAUGUAAAAUUCUGCCUCUGGGUUCAGAAUGUCAUUUACACACCUAGGGAGUAGGAAAGCCUCUGGGCCCAUUCUGUCUCUAAGAUGCUAGAAUCUGUGAUUCUUUCAGUCAUACGCAGCACUGGAAUGGAAAUGAGAAACUUACCACUGGAGAAGAGAGGCAGAGAUUGUUCUUUCAGAUUAAUUUCCUCCCCUGAAUUUUCAGAGAAUCAGGGACAUAGUAUGUUCUAGAGCUUAGAACAAGGACAAAGGCUCAGGAAAUGAAUUCAUAUGGUGUGCUCAAGUGUUUCUCUGAGGCAUGCAUUCCUUACCAGACCCUCUGCAAAUCCAGGCUUCUCUAGGGGAAACGUUUGUUCUAUUGAAUUCAAAGACCAUCCUCUAGCCGUUCUUAAAAAGGUAAUAGCAAUUGCUUCCAUUAGCUUCUCUUUGACAUGUAGAGAAAUUAUUCCAAGCCUCCUUUUAUUCAAUAUUUGAAACCAAAAGAAAUAGCUAACAUGAUAUUUAUGGUCAAAAAAAUGUUUUUUGCACUUAAUAUUGUCUUAUUUUUGGUCUUUUUAACUGUCUCAAAAAUUAUGGAAUGUUGAAUUUCCUAUAAUUGUUAUGUAUUAUUGUAUAACCAGAAAAAAUCAGUUAGACUGCCCUUUCUUUUUUUUUUUUUUUUUUUUUUUUUGACGGAUUUUUGCUCUGUUACCCAGACUGGAAUUCAGUGGCACUAUCUCAGCUCACUGCAACCUCCACCUCCCAGGUUCAAGCGAUUCCCCUGCCUUAGCCUCCUGAGUAGCUGGGAUUACAGGCGCCCACCACCACAUCCAGCUAAUUUUUGUAUUUUUCGGAGUGACGGGAUUUCACCAUGUUGGCCAGGCUGGUCUCAAACUCAUGAUGUCAGGUGAUCCGCCUGCCUUGGCCUCUGAAAGUGCUGGGAUUACAGGUGUCAGCCACCGAGCCAGGCCAGACUGCCCUUUCUUGCAGCAACAAAGCAACUAGUAGCCAGUAAAUUCGCAUAAAAUUUUCAUAGUGGAAAAAGUAAGCUCAAUCCAUGCAACCAUCGCUGGUAAGACAGAAUCAUUACUAAAUGAAGCAAAGAGUUACAUCUGGUCUUAGGAAGAAAGAUACCAGGCCUAGAAUAUCAUUUAAAAAAUGAAAAGAAUCUGAGGGCAUAAGAAGAAAAGAAAUUUAGAUAUAAAGAGGAAAAGGAAAGCAGCCUUACAGUACCGGAUGAUUCAGAGAACUCCUUGUCAGAAAAAAGGAAAAAAAAAUGAGAGAACAAUUGUUAAAGAAUAUUAUAUUUCUUGCUAACCAAGACAAAUGAAAACAAUCCAAGCCCAGCCUAGCUAAAUUAUGCCAUCACAGUUAGUAACUUUUCACAUCUGAGAGUUCUUUAGUGCAUGGAAAUUCUUGACCUUCUCUGCUUGGCGUAUGCUUUGAAUUAACAGACCUAUUAGGAAUGACUAUUUGACAGGAAACAGACAAAGUGGCUUCUACUUCUAACUUUGCCAUCAGCUAACUAUAUAGGGCUUUGAACAAACCAACAUUUUUUGUCCCAUAGUUUAUCAAAAGGCAGCUCCAAAUUUGUUUAUUCCUUUAAAAUACAUAUUUCUUUUUACAAGAUGAAAAAAGUUCUGGGCCAGGUGCCAUGGCUCAUGUCUGUAAUCCCAACACUUCGAUAGGCUGAGGCAGGAGGAUUGGGAGUUUGAGACCAGGCUGAGCAACAUGGCAAGACUCUGUCUCUUCAAAAAAAUUAAAAAUUAGCAGGGCGUGGUGGCACGCAGUUGGAGUAGUAUCAGCUACUCCAGCUCCAAAGGCCGAGGGAGGAGGAUUGCUUGAGGCCAGGAGGUCAAGGCUGCAGUGAGCUAUUCCAGCCUGGAUGACAGUGUGAGACCCUGGCUCAAAAAAAAAAAGAGUUGUGAAGAUAUAUUUCACAAGAAUGGCAGUGGAAAUAUACUAUUACUAUUGAACUGUAUACUUAAAAAUAGUUAAGAUGGUAGAAGAAUAACAUAAAAGUCAUUGUUGGUUGGCCAGCAUCAUAGAAACCAGAAUAAUAUGUUUCUUGAGGUUCAGUCACAUGUCAGACAUUUUAGGCGCAAGGAUACAAAGACCAACCUCCUACCAUAGGUUAUUGUCUUAUCAAGGAAACAAAUGUGUAACAUAGAAUAAGUUUGUAGAAGUUAUAAAGAAAGUGUUUUAAAGCACAGAGGUAAGAGUACAUCUUUAGACAGAAGUGAGAUUUGGGGGAAAUGUCAUCACAAAUAGGUAGUAUUUGUUCUGGAUACUAGAACAAAGGAGGUUUCUGAAAAGUAGGACACAGCUGGACAUGGUGGCUCACACCUAUAAUCCCAGCACUUUGGAAGGCUGAGGCUGGAGGAUCACUUGAGCCCAGGAGUCCAAGGCCAUCCCAGAACUGCCACAGAUGUUAGAAAUCACCAAUAAAGACAUUAAAAUAAUUAUUAUAACUGUGUUUUAACAAAAAGUUAUGAUGUACAGGAUAUCAAAAAAGGCCCAAAUCAGCCAGGCACAUGGCAUAUGCCUAUAAUCCAGACACUUUGGGAGGCUGGGGUGGGCAGAUCACCUGAGCCCAAAAGGUCGAGGCUGCAGUGAGCCAUGAUUGAGCCUGGGUAACAGAUCAAGACCUUGCCUCAAAAAAAAAAGAACAACAAAGAAAAGACCCAAAUCAACCUUCUAGAAGUGAAAACUAUGAUGUCUAAUAUUAAACUACAGUAGCUGAGAGUAAUAGCACAUUAGACAUUAUAGAAGUAAAAAUUAGUGAAUUUAAAGAUAUAGCAAUAGAAACUAUCCAAAAUGAAGCACAAACAAAAGAUAAAUUUCCAAAAAAUGAACUAAAUCAUCAGUGAACUAUGGGACAACUUCAAGUGACCUAAUAUGUAAAGGAGUGGUAAGUGAAGUCCCGAAGGAAGAAGGAGGACAGAAAAAAGUACUUGAAAAAGCAACAGCUGAAAUUUUUCCAAAUUUGAUGAAAACUAUAUAAACACUCAGAUCCAAGAAGUUCAGUGAACUCUAGGCACAAAAAAAAAGUCAUACAAAAAACUACAUUAAGGUAUUUCACAAUCAAAUUGCUCAAAGCCAUUGAUAAACAUUGCCAGAGGAAAACAACACAUUAUAUACAGAGGAAUAAGGAUAAGAUGACAGCAGAUUUCUCAUUGGAAACAAUGCAAGCAAGAAAGCAGUAGAGAAACAUCUUUUAAGUACUGAAGGAAAAACUCCUCUACCUACAAUUUCAUACCAAGCAAAAAUAGCUUUCCAAAACAAAGGUGAAUUAAAAGACUUUUCAGACACACUAAAGAUGAAACAAUUCAUUCCUAGAAGACUCACAGUAUGAGAGAAGUUAAAGUCCUUCAGAAAGAAUAAAAAUAUUCCACAUGGAAAUAUAGAUCUCCAAAAACGAAGGAAGGGCACUAGAAAUAAUAGCUACAUAGGCAAAUUUAUAAGAUUCUUUCCUUGUUGUUUAAAUCUUUUUAAAAAACAAGUUGUCUGUUUUAAAAAAUAAUAGUAAGAGUAAUGUGGGUCAAUUCAUGAAGAAAACGUAGGAAACCUAAAUAUAUAUGCCCCAAAAGAAUUUCAAAAUGUAUAAAGCAAAAACUAACAACAAGGAAAAAUGGACGGAUCUAUAAUUGUAUUUGGAAAUUUCAAUUCUUCUAUCUCCAUAAUUGAUAGAAAAAGUCAACAGAAAAUCAGUAAGUAUACAGAAAACAUGAACACUAUCAGCUGAAUUGAACUAGUUACCAUUUAUAAAACAUUCUGCCUAACAGCAUCAGAAUACACAUUCUUUUCAAGUGCCUAUUUGCCAGAAUAGACCAUAUUCUGGGUCAUGUCACCGUUACAGUAAAUAUUAUAUAAAAGGAUUCAAGAUCUCUGAAACAAAAUUAGAAAUCAGUAGCAAAAAGAUCUCUGGAAAAAUUUGUAAAUAAUUGGGAGCCAAAUAACAUACUCCAAAGUAACUUAUAGGUCAAAGGGGAAAUAAGAGACAUUAGUAUUUUGAACUUUAUGAAAACAAUAAGAUUUUAAAAUUCAUUUAAUGCUGCUGAAGCAGUACUUGCAAUACUUACAUGGAAAUAUGUAGAACAAUAAAAUGCUUUUCUUUUAAAAUGCAUAGAUUUUAAAAGAAAAGUCUCAAAUCAGUGCCCUCAGCUUUUAUGUCAAGAAAGUAGAAAAAGUCGGGCAUGGUGGCUCAUGCCUGAAAUCCCAGCACUUUGGGCGGCUGAGCCAGGUGGAUUGCUUGAGUCCCAAGAGUAGGAGAUCAGCCUGGGCCACAAGGUGAAACCCCAUCUCUACUAAAAAAAAAAAUUACAAAAAAUCAGCUGGGUGUGGUAGCUCAUGCCUGUAAUCCCAACACUUUGGGAGGAGGCCAAGGUGGGUGGAUCACCUGUCCAGGACAGGUCAGAAGUUCAAGACCAGCCUGACCAACAUGAUGAAACCCCAUCUCUACUAAAAAUACAAAAAUUAGGUUGGGCGCAGUGGUUCACACCUGUAAUCCCAGCUCUUUGGGAGGCCAAGGAGGGUGGAUCACCUGAGGUCAGGAGUUUGAGACCAAGCCUGGCUAACAUGGUAAAAUCCCAUUUCUACUAAAAAUACAAAAAAAUUGGCUGGAUGUGUUGGCACAUUCCUACAAUCCCAGCUACUAGGGAGGAUGAGGCAGGAGAAUCACUUGAACCUGGGAGAUGGAGGUUGCAGUGAGCUGAAAUUGUGCCAUUGUACCCCAGCUUGGGCAACAAGAGUGAAACUCCAUCUCAAAAAAAAAAAAAUACAAGAAUUAGCUGGAUGUGGUGGUGCACACCUGUAAUCCCAGCUACUCAAGAGGCUAAGGCAGGAGAAUCGCUUGAACCUGGAAGCCAGAGGUUGCAGUGAGCCAAGUUGUGCCACUACACAGCCUGGGUGACAGAGUGAGAUUCUGCCUCAAAACACACACACACACACACACACACACACACAUGCACACACACAUCAGCCAGGUAUGAUGGCAUGCACAUGUAUUCCCAGUUACCUGGGAGGCUGAGGUGGAAGAAACACCUGAGCCCAGGAGGUUGAGGCUGCAGUGAACCAAGAUCAAGCCACUGCACUCUAGCCAGGGCAGCCAGAGUGAGGCCCUGUGUGGGGGCGGGGGUGGAGAAACAGACAGCAGACGGAGGUGAUGGGGGAGGAAAGGAGAGAGAAAGAGAGAGGAAGAAACUAGAAAAAUAAGAGCAAAUUAAACCAAAGAAAGCAGAAGAAAGGAAACAAUAAAGGUCAAAACAGAAACCAAUGAAAUGGAAGUCAGAAAAACAAUAGCAAACAUCAAUAGUACCAAAAUAAAAUUGAUAUACAUCUAGUGGGACUGAUGAGGAAAAGCAGAAGACACAAAUUCCCAAUAUCAACAUGAAAAUGUGACAUCGAUACACAUUCUAUAGCUAUUAACUGCAUAACAAAGAAAUGUUAUACAACUUUAUGCCAGUAAAUUUUGGCAGCUUAGACUCCUUGAAAGACACGAACUAUCAAAACUCACACAAGAAGAAACAGAUAACCUGAAUAGCCCUAUGUAUAUUAAAGAAAUUUAAUUCACAGUUAAAACCUUCCCACAAGGGAAACUCCGGGUCUAGAUGCCUUCACUGGGGAGUUCUACUAUACAUUCAAAAAAUACCAGUUCUACACGAACUCUUCCAGAAAAUUGAAAAGGAGAUAAUGCUUUCCAGCUCAUUCUGAGGCCAGCCUUCCCCUGAUACCAAACCAGACAAAAAUAAUACAAGAAAAGAAAACUACAGACCAAAGUCCAUUAGGAGCAUAGAUGUAAGAAUUAUAAGCAAAAUUUAGUGCAUCCAAUUGAGCAUUUUAUAGAAUAACUAAUCAAAUCCAACAACAUAUAAAAAGGAUAAUAAAUGAUGACCAAGUGGGAUUUAUCCCAGGCAUGCAAGGUUGGUUGAAUGUCCAAAAAUUAAUAUAAAAUUCACCACAUAAACAAACCGAAAAAGAAAAUCAUCUCCGUGGUUGCAGAAAAAGCAUUUAAAAUCCAACAUCCAUUUCUGGUGUUAAAAAAAAACUCUCAGCAGACUAACAAUAGAAGUGGACUUCUACAACCUGAUAAAGUACAUCUUUGAAAAAUCUAAAGCAAAUAUCACAUUUAAUGGUGAAAGACUGAAUGCUUUCCCCUUAAGAUUGAAUUCAACUGUUGCAUAAUUUUGGGAUAACUGGAUUGUCCAUUUUGGAUAUUUGCAUUAAUUGGAUAAUUUGUAUUGUCAUUUUAUAUUAUCAUGGUAGGAACAGUUUGGCAGUGUUUUAAGCUAAACAUAUCCCAGCCACAUAUUCCAGCCACUCCACUUUUAGGUAUUUAGGAAAAAUGAACACAUUUAUCCAUAUAAAGACGUACACAAAUAUUCAUAUCAAAUUAUUGUAAGAGCCAAAAACCAGGAACAACCCCAGUGUCCAUUAGCAUUGGAAGAUGGAUAAGAAAACUGUGUCGUAUCCAUAUAGUGAACUACUACUCAGUAAUAAAAAGAAUGAGCUAUUGGUACAUAAUACAACUUGGAUGAAUUACAAAAUAAUGUUGCUUAGUGAAAGAAGCCAACCUGAAAAGUAUCCAUUUAUAUAAAACUCUAGAAAAUACAAACUAUAGAAGCAAGAAGCAGAUCAGUGGUUGUCAGGAGAUGGAACGUCAAUAGGGAGGGGCAGGAGGUAGGAAUUACAGAGCACCACAAGAAACUUUUUGGGAGUGUGGAUAGCUUGAGUGUAAUGCUUGUUUCACAGGUGUAAUAUACAUCUCAAAACUUGUCAAAUUGUAUACCUUAAAUAUGUGGAGUUUAUUGUAUACCAGUGGUGCCUUAAUAAAGCUGUUAAUAAAAGUGACUAGAAUGUGGCGUAUAGGGAGGGAUGUUCAGGUAAGACAGGGCCAUGAAUUUUGCCUAGAAGAAAACAGCAUGAUGAAAUGCAUAAAGGAACUAUUUGAAAAUACAUUAGGCCAAACAUGGUUGCUCAUACCCAUAGUCCCUCCCAGCAGUUUGGGAGGCCAAGGCAGGAGGAUCACCUGAUCCCAGCAGUUUGAGAUCAGCCUGGACAACGUGGUGAGACCCUGUCUCUACAAAAAAAUUUAAAAAUUAGCUGGGUAUGGUGGCACUCACCUGCAGUCCCAGGUACUCAGGAGGCUGACACAGGGAAGGAUUGCUUGAGCCCCGGAGGCUGAGGCUGUAGCAAGGUGAUCAUGCCACUGCACUCUAGCCUGGGUAACAGAGCCCUAUCUCAAAAAAAGAAAAAGAGAAAAGAUAAGAUAAAAACACUGUCACUGUCCCGAAAACAGUGAGUAGCCCAGUGUGGCAAGGUCAAAGAUUGUGUUGAGGGGAAUGGCAAGAACUACCAGAAGGGUAUGUAGAUAUGACCAGAUUGUCAAGGAACUUGAAGGGAAUGUGAAUGAGUCUGAAUUUAUGCAAAGCAGGAGGAAGUCACAAAGGAACAUAGAGUGAAAAGAGGGACCAGGAUGGACCCCUAGGCAAUUCCUACAUUUAAUAAAUGGAAGGUCAAAAUAGUAGGAGGAGACGUAGGGUAAGUACUCUCCCAGGAAGAAGACAAGGUCAAAUGUCUUGGCAUCAAAGGAGACCUAGGCCUAGAGCAGUCCAUUUGAUUUCGUGACCUUUGAAAGCACAUAAAAGCAUUGACGGCAAAAGCCAAAUUGCAUGAUAAAAUUAAUAGAAAGAUUAAAUGGAAAUAUAGUCUGAUCUUUAGAAUAUUAGCUUAUCUCUUUCUAUUCCAAAUUCUAUUAUUCCAAACUCAAAAGCUUAAUUGUUCAUACUGUACAAAUUCAGGAAACCCAGUUCCAAGGAUCUGUUCUGUAGAUGAGAACCUGAAAAUCUAAUUGUGGGUAUGUCCUAAACACGGCCAGCUAAUGCUGAUUCCCAGAUGAGCAAGGUUCUGAAGUUAUGAUUCUACUAUCAGCUGAAUUAGUAACCUUGUAAAUGUGGAUGUAUGAUCCUGAGAAGAUGGGGUAUAGUUUCCAAACCUUAAACACAUAGGGAUUCUGAUAUGCCAUGCCCCUUGGGGCCCGCUACCUACAUGACCCCUAUGAUUUGAUGAUCAUUUAUUGGGUUGAGAAAAAGAACUUAGGACCAUUAACAAAGGGAAAUAUUUUUACCACGUAACUUAUUUCAUGUUUAUGAGGUUUCAAAGCCAUAUUCUGCUACCCUCUUAUAUAUAGAUUCUGCCCACCAUCUCUUCUGUUUUAUAAACCUGGGCAUUCUAAUAGCUACCUCUAAGGUCUCUUUGAAAUAUGUUUCUGAACCUUGUAAGUUCUGUUGGAUUCUCAUUUAGGCUCUAUUUUCAACUCUUACUACUGUUAGUUAAAUGAUAGCCAUCUGUUCAGAAGAGCAGAACUCAAACCUGAAAGCAUCCUUUCAGCAAAAAGAAAGGUAUAAAAAUAAACAUCUCAGCACCUGACAAAUGUUGACUAAUUGUUAGAUACUAUAUCUCUAUUCAAAAUCACUUAUCCUGGCCAGGUGUGAUGGCUCACACCUGUAGUUCCAGCACUUUGGGAGGCUGAGGUGGAAGGAUCACUUGAGCUCAGGAGUUGAUGACCAGUCCUGGCAAUGAAGCAAGACCUAGUCUCUCCAAAAAAAUAAAAAAUAAAAAAUUAGGCCAGGCAUGAUACCUCACGCUUGUAAUCCUAGCACUUUGGGAGGCCAAAGCAGGAAAAUCGUUUGAGCCCAGGAAUUCAAGACCAGCCUGGGCAACAACCCCAUCUGUAUUUGGAAAAAAAAAAAAAAAAAAAGGCAGAUAAAUAGAAAUGUAAAAAUAAAAAAAUUAAAAAUUAGCUGGACAUUCCUAGCUACUUGUGAGGCUGAGGUGAGAGGAUCACUUAAGCCUGGGAAAUCAAGACUAUAGUGAGCCAUGAUCAUGCCACUACACUUCAACCUGGGUAACAGAGCAAGACCUUGUCUCAUUCAUUCAUAAAUAAAUGACCCUUUUUUAAAAAGAGGCAGUAGUAAAUCAAAGCUGGUAUUAGAUUAACAAAAUAUGAAUUUACCACAGAAACACAUUUCUUAGGCACAAGGACUACCAUCAUAUUAUUUAGUCCAAUUAAGGUUGUUUUGAGGCCAGGUGUGGUGGCUUACACCUGUAAUCCCAGUACUUUGGGAAGCUGAGGCAGGUGGAUCACGAGGUCAGGUGUUGGAGACGAGCCUGACCAACAUGGUGAAAUCCUGUCUCUAUAAAUAUAAAUAUAUAUAUAAAGGUUGUUUUUGAUAUCCUGAACAGUAUGUCAUACAUUAUUGAUGUAUUACAGAAUUCUCUUUAGAGUUUUGUACUACUUCAAGAACUUUUCACCUUCCUUUUAAAACAGAUUACAGUUAAAUAGUCACAGUUGUCCUCAGAAAGCCUUGGUAGUUGACUUUAAUGCAGAUUCCUAAAUAUGCUGUCCUUUGUUGCUUCUAUCUUAGAUAGAGAAAUAAGGUCAGGAGACCCAGGUUCCUUUAAAUUUAAAAUCUUGUUGUUUAUAAAGUUGCCAUCAGUCAUAGUGCUUGGAACCUAAAUAGCAAGUGGGGCAGAGUAGCAAGCUUGCCAGUUCUACAGAGUUCUUUGGGAAAGUAGAUAUUUUGACAUGCUUCCUCUUUCUUCUCCUCACUCACCCCUGAUCUGCCUAAGAGUGAACUAAUUUUACUGUGAUUUUGUUCUUGGAGUCUACUAAUGGAUUCCCUUUAGUAGGUACAAGGAGUCAUGUAUACAGCUUUAGUGGGUUUGAGGUUCCUGUGGUUUUGCACCUUCACUGUUGUCACAUCUCUCAGAUGAGGGCAUUGAUUGACACACACCAAAACAAAAAGAUGUUCUCUCGACAAGAACAUCUAGGAACCUACAUUUUAAAAGCCUGUGUUUUCUUUUCUGUUGCCAUGCAGUGCUAAACUCUGCAAGUUGACUGCCACUACAGGUAGUUGAGCACAGAAUCAUCUGGGUAAUUCUGGAGUCUGUAUGAUGAAUGUAUUUCUGACCCAUCAAUCUAGCAGUCACCUCUCUGAUGGGCAGGAUCUAGGCAAACUCCAAAGAGAAGAAACAGGAGCCAUUAAAAGCUAAUGGAGGGAAAGCAAAGUUGGGAGAAACAUACCCGGGAGGGAAUGGUGGGAUGAAGUCCAUGGGAUUUGCUGCAUAAGAUGAAAACAGGAGCAGAUAGAGAACUGACUAUGCAUCUGAUAGGACUAGUAAGAUGGGUACCCAUAAGUCACCACAGAAAAUCUCUUUUCUUGUAGUAUAUAAUCACACCACAUGGAAAACUUUAUUAAACCAAGCAAAUUUAUUGUGGAUGUAAUGAACUUUCAAUAAAACCUCAUUAAUUUCUAUUUUGUACUUUCAAAAUUAUCAUCAGUAAAUUAAAGGAUACAAAAGAAAUCAAAUAUAAGACUUUGUAGCCUGAGCUGCCUAAUGAUUUUUUAAUGGAUUGAGCUAUAUACAGACAAGGUAAAUCAAAGACCCUCGGAUUGGAACUACAGAAAGUACAAAGAACUUUGGCCGGGCCAGAAGGAGCUUCAGAUUUAAAUGCCUGCUAAUUAUUUGAGUUUUACUCUAGAAUAUUUUUAUCAUGCUUAGUGUUAGGUGAAACAGUACAUAAAUUUGGAAUUCUUUUAUCAAAAUUAGUGCUUUAGGUUUGAUUUCUGUAUAUCAACAUUUCAUUGCUUUUAUUAGUAAUAUUAAUACUUCUGAUACUUCCUGUCAGCUCCUACGAUUAGGUCAAUAACUGUACAUAAACCAUCUUACUUAACCUUCAAAAUCACUGUCUUCCAAAAUAGACAUAUUUAUCCUCAUUUUAGAAAUGAAGAACCUGGAGUUCACAGCAUAUAAAUGAUUCAUCCAAGGUCAUACAGCUAGUAAGUGACAAGCACAGACAGAUUCAAACCCAGUUUUUCUGACUUCAAAGCUCAUGAUUCCUGCAAACCACUGUUUUUGUUUGUUUGUUUGUUUUUUAAGAAAGGGAACAGGAGUCUUGCUCUAUUGCCCAGGCUGGAAUGCAAUCCAAAAAUAGGUAUCAAAAACCUCCUUUAUGCCGAUAAUUAUGCUCAACAGCGGAGACAGGAAGGAAUAAGGGAAGAAAAUAACAAACAAACAGCCAACCAAUAUUUCAUUUAAGUCUGUGAAAUGCUAUGCAAAUGCUGAAGAGCGAUUUACUUCCAAUUAUGUGGUCACUUUCAAAAUAGGUGUAAUGUGAUACUGAGAAAAAUGUGUGUUCUGUGGACCUGGGGUGAAGAAUUCCACAAAUAUUCACUGAGUUUACUUGUUGCAGGUCUGAGUUCAAAUCGUAGAUGUCCCUGUUAAUUUUCUAUCUUGUUGAUCCGUCGAAUAUUAACAAUGUGGUGUCAAAGUCUCCCGCUAUUAUUGUGCAGGAGUCCAAGUCUCUUUAUAAGUCAUUGUGAACUUGUCUUAUGUAUCUGGGUGCUCCUAUAUUGGGUGCAUAUAUAUUUAUGAUCAUUGACUCCUGUUGUUGCAUUGAUCCUUUUACCAUUAUGUAAUGUCCUUCUUUGUUUCUUUUAGUCUUUGUUACUAUUAAAGUCUAUUUUGUCAGAGACGAAAGUUACAACUCCUGUUUGUUUGGUUUUUUUUUUUUGCUCUCCAUUUGAUUGGUAAGUCUUCCGCCAACGCUUUGAGUCUUUGUGUGUCCUUGCUUAUGAGAUGAAUCUGGAUACAGCAUACCGAUGGGUUUUGACUUUUUAUUCAAUUUGCUUGUCUGUGUCUUUGAUUGGGGCAUUUAAUCCAUUUAAAUUUAGAAUUAGUAUUGAUAUUUGUGAGUUUAAUAUUGUCAUUUAAUGCUCGCUGGCUAUUUUGCCCAUUAGUUGAUAUAGAUUCUUCAUUAUCGAGAUACUCUUUACCUUUUGGUAAGUUUUUGGGAUGACUGAUACUGGUUGUUCCUUUCUGUGUAUAGUGCUUCUUUCAGAAGCUCUUGUAAAGCAGGCCUGGUGGUGAUGAAAUCUCUGAGUGUUUGCUUGUUCAUGAAAAAUUUUAUUUUUCUUUCAUUUAUGAAGCUUAGUUUGGCUGGAUAUGAGAUUCUAGGUUGAAAAUUCUUUUCUUUGAGGAUAUUGAAUAUUGACCCCCACUCUCUUCUAGUUUGUAGGGUUUCUGCUGAGAGAUCUGCUGUGAGUCUGAUAGGCUUCCCUUUAUGGGUAACCUGACCUUUCUCUCUAGCUGCCCUUAGAAUUUUCUCCUUUAUUUCAACCCUGGUGAAUCUAGCGAUUAUGUGUCUUGGGGUUGCUCUACUUGAGGAAUAUCUUUGUGGUGAUCUCUGUAUUACCUGGAGUUGAGUAUUGUCCUGUGUUACUAGGUUAGGAAAGUUUUCCUGAAUAAUAUCCUGAAGAAUAUUUUCCAGCUUUGAUUCAUUCUCUUCAUAACAUGCAGGUAUACCUAUCAAAUGUAAAUUAGGUCUUUUCAUAUAGUCCCAUAUUUCUUGGAGACGUUGCUCAUUUCUUUUUACUCUUUCUUCUCUAAUCUUGUCUUCUCAUUUCAUUAAGUUGGUCUUCGACCUCUGAUAUCCUUUCUUCUGCUUGAUCAAUUUGACUGUUAAAACCUGUGCUUGCUUCGUGGAGUUUUCAUAUUGUAUUCUUCAGUUCCAUUAAUUCACUUAUAUUCCUCUCUAAAUUGUCUAUUCUCGUUAGGAUUUCGUCAAACCUUUUUUCAAGGUUCUUAGUUUCUUUACAUUGGGCUAGAACAUGUUCUUUUAACUCACAGAAGUUUCUUAUUAUCCACCUUCUGAAGCCUAAUUCUGUUCAUGGAACACACUCAUUCUCCAUCAGGCCUUGUUCCCUUGUUAAUGAGGAACUGUGAUCCCCUGUAGAGGGAGAGGCAUUCUGAUUUUGGGUAUUCUCAGCCUUUUUAUGCUGGUUUCUUCCCAUCAUUGUAAAUUUAUCCACCUGUCGUCUUUGUAAUUACCAAAGUUCAAAUUAGGUCUCUGAGUGGACAUCCAGCUUGUUGAUUCCCAGCGCUGGAAUCUGAGCAACCCACUGCUCCGGCUAAAACAGCGGCAUUAAGAUUCAUGGUGCUUUUCUGCCCAGCAAUCUCCGAUCUGGCUUCCUUCUUGGGUCUCUUUUUCAAUCAGCUGAAAAGGCGACUCUGCCUUCCCGGAGCUCCAAACAUCGACCAAAAGGGGACCCAGUCCCGUUUACCCUGCAUCAAGAAUCGCCACGCCGGGGCGCCGGCAAAACCGCCGCGCUGGCCACAAGAGUCACUCUGGCAACCCAUGGGGCUCCUCCGCUGGGAAUCUCCUGGUCCGUGAGCAACAAAAAUUUGUCUGAAAGUUUGGUGACCUCUCGUUCUCUGUGCUUUCACUGAGAGCUACAAUCCUGAGCUGAUAGUAAUCAGCCAUCUUGGAUCUCUCUCCCCAAACCACUGUUUUUAUGUUAGAACUAGGGAGCCUGAACAGCUAGCCAGGGAUAUGCUUCUUGACUUUAAAAGGGCUUCAGCUGCACCUCACCUUUGUGCGCCUUUACUUUUAUUUCCUCAAUCUGUAUCGUGAGCCCACACUCUGAAGUGCCAGGCUCUUUUUCUAGAUAAGUUAGGUACCAAAGAUAGAGCAAUAAGCAAAUACUAUUUCUUACCACCCUGAAUUUUCAAAUAAUGAAAAGCAAGUACAAUGGUGAUGUAUGAAGGAGAAUUAAAUGCUGUGAAUGAGAAGUUUACUAAGAAAAUUGUUAGGAAAAGAAGGCUUGCAGAAAGACAAUUAGCCUGAUUUAGAGACAAAUUUGUGAGACGCUAUCUAUAUUUGCAAGAAGGAAAACUGAAUUUCUUUACUCAACAUACAGUAACUGAAACUAACUCACUUAAUUUAAAUUAGCUAGCUUUACAACAUUUCAUCUUGGGUACAUCAAUUUGAGUAGUCUUUGCCAGUAGUGAUACAACUAUGUGCUUGUAUGUGAAUUAUCUUCACUUAUACUAGAUGCUAAAAGACAAGCUUAUGUAAAGUACAGAGAGAUAAGUAUUGUCCACCUAUAAUUCUAUUCUAGCCAAAGUAUCAGUCAGGUAUGAAAUUUAAAAUAGUAAGAGAUAAAAUAUGGUCAGAGACUGGGUGCCAUGGCUCAUACCUGUAAUCCCAGCACUUUAGGAGGCUGAGGUGGGAGGAUUGCUUGAGGCCAGGAGUUCAAGACCAGCCUGGGGAAUAUAAGGAAUCCCUUCUCUACAAAAUAAGUAAAUUAGCUGAAAGUGGUGGCACAUGCCUGUAGUUCCAUCUACUCAGGAGGCUGAGGUGAGAGGAUUGCUUGAGCCCAGGAAUUCAAGGCUGCAGUGUUUAGUGAUCAUACCACUGCACUCUAGCCUGGCUGACAGACCAAAACCCUGCCUCAAAAAAAACUAAAAAACAACACAGUUAUAGCCUUUCACACACCUUUCCCAUGAAGUUUCCUGAGGAUAUAUUCCAGUAAAGUAAGGUAAUAAAACAAGAAAGAAGACAUGAAAGCCAAGACGUAGUAGAUCCAAAUCAAGAGAGAAAUAAAGUCCCUGAGUGGCAGGCAGCUUGUGGUACAGACUGACAGAGCAAGAAGACACAGGGCUCCAGUGAUCGGUGCCUGUGAAAUGUGGGGAUUCAAGGGAUUUUAUUCAAUUCUAGACCAUGGAAGAGAAAAAGCAAUUGUAUGUUCCAAGAAAGAAAAUAGAACAUAUUUUGGGACAUUACUUAAAUAAUGAGUAAUAAUUACAGGUUUGCAGGAAUAAUAUAUUAUUUGAUUUCCAACUUUUAGAAUUAAUCUUAACCAAAACAUAGAAGCCUUAAUUACGGCUACAGAACACCGAGUUGAAAAUAGUCAAUAUUUUUUCAUUGCCUUGUAUGUGCCAUGCAUAGAAGAUGGUCGAGAUAUAGGCAGUGAACAACACAUUUCUUAAAGAGCUCAUAUUCUAGAAAGGGGUAUGAAUGCUAAACAGUUACAAAUAAGAUAAUGUCUGGAGUGCUGAGAAGAAGCUGAAAUAGGGUAACAGGAAAGAGCAUAGCUAGGGAGAAGAGGUGGGUUUUGCUAACAUGGAAAGCCUGUCACAGAGUGACCCUUCAGUUAGGGUUUGAAUGAUGAGAAGAGGAAGAUCCAAGAUGUCACCAAUCAGAAAAGUAAAGUCCCUAAAAUGAAAAUAAGCUGUGACCAUGGAAAGGUAAGAGCCUGUGUAGCUGGAGCAGAGUGAAUGAGGGGAAGAGUAUAAGAGAUGGAGGUCAGAGAACCCCUAGGCCAGAUCAUUUAAAGCCUCAUGGGUAAUGAUGAGGGGACUUUUUAAUAAGAGAUUUUUUUAGCAAAGGGAGUGAUGUGAUCUAACUUCUGUUUCUGAAAAAUCACUCUGGCCAUUUUGUGGAGCGUGGAUUAUAGCGAGACAAGAGGGUGGCUGGUCCUAAAAUUAGAAGACAGUGGCUUGCAUUGACAUUUUAGCCAUGGAGAUGGUGAAAUAUAUGUGGAGGCAGAAAUGAUGGGACUUAUGUGGGCGAAAGGGAAAGAGAGGAUUUGUUGGUGGCUGGAGCAUCUGGGUAGUUGGAGUAGCACUGGCUGAGAGUGGGGUACUUGGGAAAGGAGUAUCUUUGGGAGGUAAAAUCCAGAGGUCAGUGUUAAAGGUGUCACAAAGGAAGCAGUCACAUCCUCGAUGGUGUAGAAGUACAGCUGGGGAGAGGGGGGCGAGGGGGAGUAGAAGUGCCAGAAGGAAGGUGGAGAUACUGGCAUCCGCACCUUAGAAAAUGAGGAAUACAGAGCGAGUCUCUUGUUGAUGGAACAAAAGUAAAGGAUACAUAUGUUACUUAAUGUGAUCACGAAGUAAUAUAACUAUUGACAAAGUUAGAGAUGAGGAGGAGAGCGGGGCAUUAUUAGUAAUGUAAACCUACAUCUGUUAUAGAAGGAAGUUGGUGGAUGAUAUCUCAAGUUGAUAAAUUCAUAAAGGCAGUAUAAGCCUGUUAUUUACUGUUUGGAGUUCACCAUAACAAAGGGCUAAAAAUAGAAGCAAUUUAAAGCAAGCAUGAAAGAACCAGCAGUGCGUUAAGGGACUGUUGCUUUUCAUUUUUUUCAGUCCUCUGCCUGGGUUACUUUGUUAGAGUAAAAGGGUAAUAUUCUUAAUUGCCUUGACAAAAUCAGAUUUUCUGGAUGUGGAAUGGAAAUGCUUUUUGAUUUCCCAACAUUAAUGGAACAAGGAGAGAGGAUUUGAAAGUCUUAUUUCUUCAACAUACCACCAAGAAGUUUUCGUUUUCAAAUAUGCUAGAAAGUGGCAGUGGAUAUACUAGCAGAUGUCAAAAGAAAAGUUUACUUCCUUUCUUGACUUAUGGAAGUUUCCACCCUUUUAAUUUAAACCCAGUUCUGGGUCCUCUGCUACCUUCUGGAGAACAAGGGAUUAUCAACCCGACCCCACCUGAAUUUAUAGUUUUUCUAGGCCAUAUGGCAAAUUUAAUGGAAUUGCAAAUUCCAAGAAAGAAGGAAAGGCUUUCCAGAAAAGGGAACAGCCCAGGGGAGCAGAGGAAAGGCAGCAGCAAGAAUAGACUUUGGAAACCUCCAGUGGAGGGAGGGCCAGUGGUGUGGGGUGGUUGUGGGGGUUGUGGGGGUGUUGCCAGGGUGUAUUUUAACCAGAAGAGUGUGGUCAGUUUUUGACUACUUACCAACCAAUUAGAUUUUCUCUACCUGUUCGUUGCCUGCUUCCACACUCCACUCCCCCACACCUGCUCUUCCCUCCUGACCACCCUGCAUCCUCUCAGCCCAGCAAGCCCCGCGCAUACUUCCACUGACUACCUACUCUAGCACGAGUGGUAGAAAGGUCCUUUAAGAUCUCUCUUCCAAGGGCCCUUCUGUGUGUGUGUAUUUACUUUCCCUCCACUCUCCCAUCCUGUGACAUCUGAGUCCCAUUUUAGUCACCGCUUCCCCCCUCACCCUUCCCUCAUGGGAGCCAGCCUUCCAUGACCUCAGGUGGAACUAAUCUGUCACUUCUUUCUCUUACCUUCUAUUCCCCGACAACAGACAUGUGCGUUUUGUGGCAUAGGCUCAUGGAAGAUUAUCUGUAGCAUGAAUAUACACAUUUAGCGUAUGCAUGUAAGAAACAGGAAUGCUGUAUUAAAAACCCAUCCAAGUUUCCUGUCUCAGACCCCAGAACUUGGCAUUGUAGAAUCCAUUUGUGCAGACUAAUCGGAUCAAACUGGGAUGUCACAGAGUUUUUAGAGGUUCGUGAACUUUACAAGAGUAGCUUUGAAAGGAGCUUUGAAAGCAUGAAGAGUGUUUGUUAGAAGAGGCUUAAAAAGUGUGAUAACCUCGGCUUACCAUGCAUGAGGGUUGAUAACAGGAAACAAUCCUGUACUUCUACAACCAAGGAAGUUUGGUCAAAUAUAAGGACAAAUUUUUGACUGUCAAAGACUGAUUACAUGAUGGAAGACUCCACAUUGUUGCUUUUUAUCCUCAGCAAUACCUAAGAAUGAAAGCCUUAUUGUUGACAAGGAGCAGGUCAGAUAACUCCUCGAGGGCCUUCUGGUUCUGGGUUUGACAGUCUCUCAUGGGCAAUUGGUGAGGGUGAGGCAUCAUGAGACUCUGGGGCUGGGAGGAACUUAGAGAUUCUAGCGAAUUCAGCACAGUGGUCAGAUUUAAACAGAACUCAGCCCUAACUGCUUUGAAAGACCAGCAGAGGAAUAUAUUCCACAGUUUCCUUGGUGAUUUAUUUAAUGAUCUUAAACAUCCUGCUCAGGAAACUUGGUCCUAUUUCUAACCAAAACUGCAUCUGCUAUGGUUUCUUCUAGUUCUCAGGGACUGUGGGAAGCAGCUGUCCCCGUGUAGUUACUCGCCCUGUGAUAACUUCACACACUCACCUCUGACCUUUUAUCUCUCCUUUAUUCCCGGAUCUUAUUUUCUGACUCUGUAAUUUAUUCAAAUUAUACGUGCUAAAGAUCAGCAACAGUUGAAAAACUCUCAGAGUAGGAUGACUACUGUGUUGUGUUUACUUCCUCACUCUGUAAAGCAACUGGAAAUUCAGAUUUAGCUAGAGAGGAGAGUUAUCAAUCAUUGCUCAUCUCUCCAAGAUUCAUGCUUUGAGAGAGAAAAGGUAUUACGGAGGCAGGGAAUUCACACUCCUGGGCGUGUCCCAUUGCUCAUCCAGUGGGAGGUGACGGUUCCCAGUCUCAGUCUGGGGCACUUCCUUUCACUUCCCCUGGGUGUUCACCAUCGUGCGGAACAGGUUAGAUGGGGAAGAGCUGCAUAGGAAAUUCAUACAGUGUCUUUUGUGUGGCAGAUACUAUUACAGAUGGGUCGUGCAGGUCUGAGAGCACAACAUUCAAGUUAAAGUACAAGAGGCCUGUGCGCCUUUGGGCCCCGGGUAGCUGCAAACACUUCCUAGAUUAGUCAGAGCUUAGCAGUCUCAGCGUCUUGGCCUACAGCAGUACUAUCCCCCAUGAACAAUGGAAGUGAAAUAUGCCCGUUGCUGUCUUCACCCAGAGAAAACAGCUUGCUCAUAUAAGACUACUUCUUCCAUACACUCACUCACAUGGAAAUCAGCCAAAGUUUCUAUGAUACCAGGACAGUCAGCAAUUCUGCCAUAAAACAUUUUAGUCAGAAAUAUUUAGUUUUCUUCUUCAUUCCAAGCUUUAAUCAAAGCUUAUAUAUAAGAUUACUUUAUUCCUGCGUCUUCCCACUGGUUUCUUUCUUGUAUUUGCCCUUUUCCUUACCUGCUUGGCGAGAUUUGGCUUUCUGUUCAAGGAUCUUUUUGCCGUCUUUGUCCAGUUUGAGCCUAGUGAUAACCACCUGAAUGUCAUCAUCCUUUUGGACGGGCAUGGGUCGCACGUUGUUCUUCUGUCUCAGCUCUUUGGAAAAAGGGGAAGACAUAAUCUUCCUGCGAAUGUGGGAAGGUGCAUUGAAAUGCCAAAAGCAUUUCACAAAGUGAUUGAACAUUUUGGCCGCUCCCACUUAGGUGAUGGCCGCAAAAGGCCAUAAGCAUUUAUUUACAACACAGACCUCAGUGUAUUUAUUUAAAAGGUACAGAUUAUCUAGUCGUGGAAUUUAUUUAUUAUCAACUGACAGUUUCUGACCACUUAGAAUGUGUGAAACACUCCUCUACAUAUUGGGGGUAGCCACAAGGAUGACUUAAACCCCCCCAACCUCAAGGAGUUCACCGUCUAGAGAGAGCAAUAAACAAAAACAAAUGAUGACUGUGCCCAGUCAAGGUGCACAGAAGCACAGAGGCUGGGCCUGUCAUUCCAGGGACUAGGUGCACAGAAGCAUAGAGGCUGGGCCUGUCAUUCCAGGGACUAGGUGCACAGAAGCAUAGAGGCUGGGCCUGUCAUUCCAGGGAGUAGGUGAAACUGCUCUUCAAGCUGCUUGGAAGUGUGUACUCACUCUUCCAGAAGAGAAGCUAGAAGGGCUGACGUCUGGGACAAAAGCAUGAGAAGGGCAGGCCCCUCUCAGAGGCUGAUCUGGGUGGAGAAGAGUCAGAAAAUGUGAGUUCAGUUCAGAUUCCCAAAGACCUUCUAUUCUGUGUGAGGUGACCACAGAUCCUAGUCUGCCUAGGUUUAUGCCUGUUGCUCCAACAUAAUAAUCAGUAGACCUGCCUCCUUUAAUUCUCAAGAGUGUCCCAAAUAGAUAAGUCCCACAAACACCUGACUUAUACAGCUCUGCAGAGGGGCUUGAUAGGUUUUAUAAAUGAAAUGAAUGAAUCAGAUAUGUGUCCUGGAAAGAUAACUCCAGCAGCCAUGAGUGAAACAGUUUGCCAAUAGAUAAGACUAGAGACGGAACCUCUCCAUACAGAGAGAAGUAGAAUUAGACAUAUUCGCCUUGAAAACUAAUAAUAUUCUAAACACAAACUUGCCUAAAUGUUGAUUAUAAAAUUAUCUCUGCUCCCAAUGACAGUUUUUUGAACUGUGUCAAGUUGUGUAGAUGUUCUGAAUGUCUCAGUAAUUUUCAGAAAUAAUGCUAUCUGCCUGUCACCAGCUUUCUUUUUUUUUUAAUAUCACAGAAAGAUAAAGAGGAUUCUGAUAAAUGCUUAGGGGGAAAAAAAUCUCAAGACUUUUUGGGAAAAAGGUCUGAGUGCUGCAGCGGAGCUCUGAUCACCUGGGUUUGGUGCAGAAGUGUGCGUGACCUUUUUCUAGGAAGCUGCUGCUGACAUGAUUGCAGCAUGCCUUUCGCAUCGUUUUGCUAGUCCUGCAAACAGGUUUCACCAAGCCACCCACACUUCCCAGCCAUCUUUUCUGAAACUACUGAAUGCACCUCUGAGAUGGAUUGGGGUGUAGUCUCCAAGACACAAAGCUGAGUUAAUUAGACAUGGAGACUGAACCUGUAACAGUGGCCUCAUUAGCAGCACUGAACUACCCAGACACAGCCUCAAUUAUGCAAGGCACUUUUGGUAAGAUGCUUCCUGUAGGUGUCUUUCUGUGCACAUAUCUUCCUUCUUCCAGGGCUACUUAGACUUGAUGACUAAGAAUGAUGAAAGAAUGAGACCCCGCAGUGGCCAAGUCAUCCUGAAGGGGCUGGCCAUGGCUGGAGCCCAAGUUCUUAGCUUGGUACGUUCAUGCUUAAGAAGCCACACAGCAGGGCAGAGAGAACACAGGGUUUGGAGUGAGAUUGGUCUGGGUUUAAGUUCAUCCCUGCUACUUACUAGACAAGAGAUCAGGUGUUAUUUAACCUUUGUGUACCUUGUUUCCUUCCCAGGAAUGUGAGGACAUUGCCUGCCGUACCUGGUGAUUGGGUUUGGGUUAACCUAGCCAAACACCCAGCACAGGUGUGGCACAUGUAGGUGCUCAGUUGACGGUGGCUGAUUUCAUUACUAUUGUCAUUGUGAUUCUUACCAAAUAGAUUCUAUUCAAAUACAUUCAUUCACUGAGUCAGCAUCAUUUUUUUUUUCUGAGCACAUGACACUUGCUGAGCAGUGUUCUCUGCCCUAGGGAUAUAGCCAUGAACAGGAUGAACAAGGUUCCUGUCCUCAGGGUGAUUAGACAAAUGCUCUAAUUCAGCUCUUCUUUUUUUAUUUUCUGCUCAAAUUAUUGACUUCUGCCACCCCUUGUUUGCUGCCCUCUCCUAGCAUCCUCUACCCGCAGCCAGAAGCCUGUGUUUCCUCAGUAGCUUUGCCCUGUUAACAUAUCAGAGGCCAGCAGCCACAUCAUCUGUUCCUUUUUGAUUUCCUCCAUUCUGUGAACAUGGCUGGGGCAUAGGCUUCGGACUCAGCUGUCCUGCCCGCAGUCCCAGCUCUGCCUCUCCCACCUAUACAGAGGCUCCCAUUCCUUUUCUGAGUUGUUGGAAAGAUCACACAUAUGUGUCUCAGAGGCUUGGUACAGUGCCUGCCUGAUUUGGUUAAAAAGAAGCUUAAAAGGAGAAAGACCAAAGAGGGGUCAAGUUGCUUUUUAAAGCACUUUUUGAAAGUUUGUGUUUGAGGCUUCAAAAAGAUUACUAAUUAAGUUAUUAGAAGUGCUCCCUGUGAUUAGGACAACAACCGUAACUAGUGCCAUGUUACUACUAUUAAUUGAUUCUAUUUGGUCCCAAUUACAUGAGUCAAAAAAUGUUUUCCCAACUGUGGUUGGACUCAGUUGACUUUCAAAUCAUAUCACUCCCCUCCUUCAGUGGCUUCUCAAGAUCAGAUCUGAGGUCAUUUCCACUGCCCACAUGGUGUGGCCCACCUCCUCACUCUGCAUUCUCCUGCGCUUACCUGCAGGCUUACCUGCAGGCCACACCAGCCUUCUUUGACUUCCUCAAGAAAAGCCCCUCACUGCCUAUCUCAGACACAGCUCCGGUGCUGUACCCUCUGCCAGGAAUGCUGUUCCUAGCAUCUUCCCCAAACCCCCAUGCAUCUUCCAGGUUUCAGCUUAAAUGCUACUUCCCCAAAGAAGCCUUUUCCUGACCCUCUCCUCAAACAAGUCUAAGUCCUCAUGUUAGUGUCAUCUAAUAGCACACUGGUUUUCUCCUUCACAACACCACAGUUGUAAUUAGUUUUUGUAUAAUUUUUUUCUAUUUAACAUCUGACACUUUCAGGGGGUUCUAAGGAGUCCAUGAGGGGAGGACUGUGUCUGUCUACCAGUCUAGAAGCCCAGGAACUAUGUGUUGAAUGAAUAUAUAGGAAGCUGUAGAUGGAUUUCUUCUCACCGAAAGUAUUCAAUCUUAAAUAGAAACACUGUCUGAAGACUGGGUGUGAUGGCUCGCAUCUGUAAUCUCAGCACUUUGGGAGGCCAAGGUGGGCAGAUCACUUGACGUCAGGAGUUCAAGACCAGCCUAGCCAACGUGCCAAAACCCCAUUUCAACUAAAAAUACAAAAAAAAAUUAGCUGCAUGUGGUGGCAUGCACCUGUAAUCCCAGCUACUUGGGAGGCUGAGGCAGGAGAAUCACUUGAACCCAGGAGGGGUUGCAGUCAGGUGAGAUCUCACCACUGCACUCCAGCCUAGGCCACAGAGGGAGACUCUGGUGUGGAAUUGACCUUCAUAUCUGGACUUCCUGUUCAGAUACUAGUGGUAACAAAGUCAUUACUUGAUAAUGUUUACUGAUGGCCAUGACCUAGCUCAGUUCAGUCCUGAGUAGAUGGGCAUUCACAGCAGCCACACUAUCACUGGCCAUAUGAAGACUGGCCACUCUUGAGAGCAGAGGUGACAAAGCAGAUGAUCACGGGCUAAGGGCUGAAUAGAUUCCAGAAUCUGAGCAGCCACUCUCACCAGGUUAUAUCUCCAGGGUCCAGAGGUGAUGUUUUAGGAAGAUGGAGAUGGGAGCUGCAUCAUAAAAGUGAGUGGUGCCAGGAGGCCUUCUGUUGCUACAAGGAAGAACCCUGUCUUUCAGGAACAGGUUUCACACAUGAAAGUAUUUUCUUCAGGCUGGGUGGGAUGGCUCACACCUAUAAUCCCAGCACUUUGGGAGGCUGAGGUGGGCGGAUCACCUGAGGUCAAGAGUUUGAGACCAGUCUGGCCAACAUGACAAAACCCCAUUUGUAUUAAAAAUGCAAAACUUAGCCAGGCACAGUGGUGUAUGCCUGUAGUCCCAGCUACUCAGGAAGCUGAGGCAUGAAAAUCACUUGAACCCAGGAGGAGGAGGUUACAGUGAGCUGAGAUUAUGCCAUUGUACUCCAGCCUGGGUGCCAGAGCAAGAUCCAUCUCCAAAAAAAAAUAUAUUUUUUUUUAUAAUGAAAUUAUGUCUAGUUGUAUGCAUUAUGAAGUAGGAAGAGUUGUCAUCAAGGCUGAUGGACUGUUUUAUGUAAUUAUGAGAUAGGGUAUGCUGUUUCUAGAAUUAACACAGAUUGACCUUUGUAAGAGUGACCACACAAUGCAGACAGGCCUGAUGGGGAUUCAUUUCCAUACUGUCCCCUGUAAAAACCACAUGGCUUGGAGCCUCAGUUGACGCCUUAGAGUUAGAGUUAAAGGUGCAACUAUGCAGAAGGGCUUCCAGCUCUUUGUUAGGUCUUGUGGUCACUGCUGCUUUUCCACUUCCUCUGUAGUUGUCUGUAUAUUUAAUCCAUCUCCCCCAUUAAACUGCAGGUUCACUGAGAACAGGAACCAUGUCAUAAAUAUAUUUGACUCAUCCCUAGCACCCAGCACAGGAAACACUAAAUAAAUACUGAAAGAGGGAAGGAAGGAAAGCAGGUAGCUCAGUAGGCUCUGGUUGAGGGAAGGGAGGGUGCGAGAUUCACCCUGGGCUGUACACUAUGCUCCAGCACUGACUGUAAAGCCACUUCAUACUUGCUAAGUAGAGGGUGUCGGCUUAGAAAGGAAAGGGACUGUGGGCUGACUGAGAUUUUCCCAGGUGACACUGUGAAAGAAGCUGAUGUCAGCUUCACAUCCAGACUUGUGUGAGUAAUUAGAAACUUCAGAGGAAGGGUGAAGAAAAUCUGCCUGCAAGUUAAUAGCCCCCUUCUCAGCCUGUAUGGACCAAUUCAUGAAGUGGAAGAAGCAGAGGGCACAAGGCUCUAUUCCCUGGUUAGCCUGGGCUCUGCUAACUGCCCCCAGGCAGGGCUCCAGUACCUGUAGGGUGGGGACUCCACAGGGGUCUUUGGAAGCCACUGUUACAAAGCAGAAUUACUUAUGUACAUUAUCUGCUGAUUGUCAAUGGGCAGGUUGGAGGCAGCAAAGCAGAUUUUAAUCAAUUGUUGAUCUAUCUCACUAUCUCCUGCUACUUACAUAUUCCCAUGCAGCCUUUAGCCCAGCAAGAAUUGUAGUUAACCAAGAUCAGCAUCAUACUGAAUCAACAGAGAGUUUAAGAAACUAAAUACACUAAGUCAAAUCUUUAGUAGCUUAUCUUAAACCAGUAUGUAGCAGUCUGAGGUGUGAUUAAAUGUCACAUGUGCAGUGAAGGGACAGGGUGAGGAAUAAGGAAGCCCCGCACUAUUCAGCUCCUCUUCAUGAAGUAGACCUCAGUGUAUUGUUGGUGGCUCCCUUUGAAACAAAGUUGAACUUCUGUUUUACCGAAUGUUUGUUAACUAUUUGCAUAUCUUUUCAUUGUCCAUUUUCACUGUAAUUCUCCCACUGGCGUUAAGAUGCAGGUGCUGAGGCACACACAGAUCAAUCUCAUCCUCCACUAAUGCAUUUAUAUAUUUAAAAAUAACCAUAAUUGCAGGCUGGGCACGGCGGCUCACGCCUGUAAUACCAACACUUUGGGAGGCUGAGGCAGGUGGAUCACUUCAGGUCAGGAGUUUGAGACCAGCCUGACCAACAUCGUGAAACCCUGUCUCUACAAAAAUGCAAAAAAAAAUUAACUGGGCAUGGUAGUGUGUGUCUGUAGUCCCAGCUACUUCAGAGGCUGAGGCAAGGGAAUCUCUGGAACCUGGGAGGCAGAGGUUGCAGUGAGCCAAGAUCGUGCCACUGCACUCCAGCCUGGGCAACAGAGCAAGAUUCUCUCUCAAAAAAAAAAAAAACUGUAAGAGAAAACAGACAGUAAAAAGAUAUACAAAUAGUUAACAAGCAUUUGGAAAAACAGAAGUUCAACUUCAUUAAUAAACAGAGGUAGAUUAACAAAACAGUAAGAUACUAUUUUUCCUUCAAGUCAGUAUAGCUUAUCUUAAUAUUAGUCUACAUUCAUGGGAAUGCAGUAAGACUCUGCACUGAUAUAUUGCUGCUGAGAGGUCACUGAUAUAAAUCUGGAAAACCAUUUGAAAGGAUAUCAGUCUUUCAAAUGCCCCGCCCUUUAAAAAGAUGAAGGAAAUACUGUAAAAUGUUAAUCCUAAUUAUUUCUAGGAUUAUGUAAUACAUUUAGAGUUAGAGGAAAAGAUGAACAUUACUAAUAUUUGAAUGCUCAAAUCAUUUGUCCUAACAGACUCCUUUUAAGAAAUAACCUGUCCAGGCAUGGCGGCUCAUGCCUGUAAGCCCUGUACUUUGGGAGGCGAGGCGGGAGGAUCACUUGAGGCCAGCCUGGCCAACAUAGCAGAACCUCAUCUCUACAAAAAAUUUAAAAAUUAUCUGGGCCCGGUGGCAUGCCCCUGUAGUCCUAGCUACUCAGGAGGCUAAAGUUAAAGAAUCACUUAAGUUCAGGGGGUCAAGGCUGCAGUAAGCCAUGAUCACACUAUUGUUUUCCAGCCUGGGCAACAGAGCAAAAUCCUAUCUCAACAAAAUUUAAAGGAAAGAAAUAUCCUAAGAAAAUAAUCAGAAAUAUGGACAAAAUUUUAUAUGUAAAAAUCCAUAGAGAAGUUAUUUAUAAAUAGUAAAAAACUGGAAACAGUCUAAAUGAUUAAAGAAUAUCUGAAUAAAUAAUGAUAUGAAAUGAUGAAAUUUUUUGCACCGUACUUUUACAAACUUUUUGAUGUCAAAGGAAGUAUGUGUUUUUUAAAUAUGUGUUACCAUAUUCCAAUUGUGGUCACCAUUUCUUUCUUUCUUUUUUUUUGGUCACAAUUUCAAAAAGAAUGUGCAUUGAAAGAAAGAGUACCAGCCUGGGCAAUAUGGCAAUACCCAUUUCUACAAAAAAUAUGAAAACUUAAUUAGCCCCGAGUGGUAGCAUGCAUCUGUAAUCCCAGCUCCUCGGGAGGCUGAGGUGCGAGGAUCGCUUAAACCUGGAAGGUCAAGGCUGCAGUGAGUUGUGAUUGUGCCACUGCACUCCAGCCUGGGUGACACAGCAAGACUCCUGUCUCAAAAAAAACAAAGAGUAGAAGAAAAUAUAACUCUUUAUAGCAAAAGUUAAUUACUGAAAUGAUAUAUAAAAUAUUAAUGCUACUAUGUUAAUAUCAAAAUAUUAAUGGUUCUCUCUCUAGAUGAUAUGGUAUUAUGAAUAAAAUUCGAUUUCUUUAUUGCUUUUUGUCACUUUCCAAAUUGUCUUCUUUUUUUUUUUUUGAGACAGAGGCUCGCCCUGUCACCAGGCUAGAGUGCAGUGGUGCGAUCUUGGCUCAUGCUUGUAAUGCCAGAAUUUUGGGAAGCCGUGGUGUGUGGAUCACCUGAGGUUAGGAGUCCAAGAGCAGCCUAGCCAACAUGGUGAAACCCUAUCUCUACUAAAAAUACAAAAAAUUAGCUGGAUGUGGUGGCACUCACCUGUAAUCCCAGCUACUUGGGAAGUUGAGGCAGGAGAAUCACUUGAAUCCAGGAAGUGGAGGUUGCAGUAAGCCGAGAUCGUGCCAUUGCAUUCCAGCUUGGGUGGCAAAAGUGAGACUCUGCCUCAAAAAAAAAAAAAAAAGAUUCACAAGCUAAUCUUGAGUCAGCUGAUCUUGAGUCAGAAUUUUUAACUUUAGGUAUAAAAGUUGUAUAUAUAUAUGGUUGUCUCUGGGUAUUUAAUUUUUUUAAUCUAAAUAUCUCCAUAAGAUGCAUUUCUUUCUUAUAAUAACUUUUGUGGACUACUGCUGUCUCUUUUGGCUUUGUCUUAAUAGUACUUAUAAACUCGAAAAACUUUGUCUUUGAUGACCUGCCAUAGUGAUAUGAAUCAAUUACCAUAUUUAUGCAAAAGAAGAGACUAGCUUAUUCUCCAGAAUAGUUUAAUAUUUUAACAUCAGGCAUAUACAGCUUGUCACAAACACUUUUUAUGCAGUUGGAUGAGAGUUUCUAUAGGAUAACAAUGCUGUCACUGCAUAAUAACACCGUAGCAUUGACAAAUACAGACAGUGACACUGAAGAGUCAAGAAAUACUUCAUUUAAAGGUCUGCAGCUGGGAAUGGAUGAAAUUGAUUUAAAUUAUAAAAAAUUAAUGAUAGAUGAUAUCAAUAAAAAGAGAAGUUAAUAAUAGUAAAAUGUAUUAGGAUGGAAAUGAAGAAAUGGGAUAAAAAAAUAAUGGUAACCAAGUGCUAAAAGUGUUCAAUUUAGACAAAUUAAAUUUAACAGAGUUUAAUUGAGCAAAGAAUGAUUCACAAAUCAGGCAGCCUUCAAAACCAGAAUAGAUUGAGAAUCACUCCGGGGCUGUCACAUGGUCAGAUAACAUUUAUGGACAGAAAAAGAAAGUGAGUAUAGAAAACAGAAAUGACCUACAGAAGCAGCUGGAUUGGCUACAGCUGAGCAUGUGCCUUAUUUGAACACAGCUUGAACAGCAGAACACCUGUGAUUGGCUAAAACUCAGCUAGUGUGAUUGGGUGAGACUUAGCUCCUAGUUUCAAGAGUAGAUUAUGAUCUGCUCACACAUCCAGUUAGGUUACAGGUCAUUAUGUGUGGAGAAACCCUUAGGCCAAACUUAAAAUAUGUAAAGAGGCAACAUUAAGCUAAACUUAAUUUAAGAAAACUAUAUAAGAAAAAUAAAUUGAGCUUGAGAAAACAAUUGAGAUCCCUAUUGUAUAUGGAUUACAAACCCUUUUUUAUACAAGCUUUUCUUUAAAGAACAUGCCCCAACAAGCAAAGGUUAGGAAACUCAAGAUCCCGUUCAGUAAUUUAGAAGCCCUUGAAAGACAGUUUGGUUCAUAUUGCACACACACACAAGCACACAUUCUGAGAUACUUGGUAAACACACGCAGAUAAAAAGUUAACAUUUGUCUAGUCUUUAGUCUGUGCUAGGCUCUAUUCACAGCACCAUACAUAUGUCAACUUAUAUAAACUUCACAAUAACUCUAGAAGGUGGGUCCUUUUAUUACCAUUUAUAGCUGGAGAAACUGAGGCAUGGAAGGGUUCAGUACCUUGCUCAGGACCACAGCUAAUUAUUAUAAUAAAAGAUAAGAGCUUAGGCAGUCUGGCUCCAGCAUCUGUACCCGCCCCCCACCCCGGUGUCUUGUCCCAAGACUAUACUGUCAGAUGCAAGGUACUGGUAUUAUUCAAAGCAGAAGGAGUAAAAUAUUUAGAACGAAAGCACAUUUUAAAAUAGAAAAUGAGAGGGGCAGAAGAGACAAACCUUGUUAAUGACCGCUAUUUCCUCUCAUCUCCCUGGGAAUUCAUUCUGUAGCAAAACCAGGGAGAACUGUGGAGGAAGCCUGGUUCUCUUGAAAAGAAAGAACAUUUCUGGGCUCUUACUGUCAGCGGUUGUUAUCUGACAAUGUGCCCUUGCAUGGAGUGGUUUGUUUGCUGUUUUCAAACUGCAGGUGUGAGCAUGUGAUGAUAGCAGUGCAUCACUGAUUUUCUGUUUAUCCUGCAGUGAAAAAGCGCUAAUAUAAUGUGCUUCCAUAAGGUGUGAAGUAAAACACUUUUAAUCAAACUUCAGAGAACACUCUUCACUUCCAAGAGCAAAGUCUUAUUUCCUUGCUGCUCCGUCUUCUGUUCAGUGUUAACUGUCUGCUGCCCAUCUUCAGCCUGGCCGUGCUCAGAAAUAAAUUGUUUCCAUUGGGUCUAGGCACUCAAGGGUUGGAAUUUACUCUUGAGCUCAAGCUGGGCUCUGCCUCUCAGUGUGUUUCUUUCUGCCAUCCUUUGGCUUCCCACGCAGACAAACCGUUUUAAACUAGAUCUGAGGUUGGCAAACCUUGAUCCACAGUUGAAUCUGCCCUACCACUAGGAUGACUUUGCAUUUUUACAUGUUUAAGGGGAAAAAUCAAAAGAGGGUUAAUAUUUUGUAACACCUGAAAAUUAUAUAAAUUUCACAUUGUGUCUAUAGAUAACAUUUUAUGGGAACCCAGUCAUGCCCAUUCAUUUACGUUCACAAUGUAAAUGAAUGUGGACAUGGAUGUGGAGUGUGGACGUAAAUGAACGGGCAUGGUUGGGUUCCCAAAAAUGUUAUUUAUAGACACAAUUUGAAUUUUAUAUAAUUUUCAGGUGUCACAAAACAUUAUAUAAUUAUGUCAAAAGUAUAUAGUUACAGUGCAGACUGUAUGGCCCAUGAAGCUGAAGUAUUUACCAUCUGUCGUCUUAUAGAAAGACUUUGCUGAGUGAAACCCCAUCUCUACAAAAAAUAUAAAAAUUAGCCAGACAUGGUGGUGGGCACCUGUAUUCCCAGCUACUGGGUGGGAGUGAGGGUGGGCAAUGGGAAGAUCACUUGAACCUGGGAGGUCAAGGCUGUAGUGACCCAAGAUCCUGCCACUGCAGUCUGACCUGAGUAAUAGAGAGAGACCUUGUCUCAAAAAAAGAAGAAAAAGGAAAAAAAGAAAGUUUGCCAACUCUUGAACUAGAGCACCCGAGCAUCUCAGGCCCCACCCAGUUUGGCCACCUUUACUAAAGAUAAACUAAGCCUGCCGAGUGAAAGGCACACAUCAUUUCACAGAAUGGUAACUGCGGGUGUCCCCAAGCUGCUCGCCAUUCUCCGCAUUCAUCAUUGUUUAAACUGCCUUAAUUGGGGUGACUUUCCUGCAUUAUUUGUCUGUAAAAUAUGUGAGCUCUCUUCCUAGAGGUGUCACCAAGCCACAUUGUAAAGGAAACAAACAUCAUCAAGUUACAGAUUCCACAAAGAGCCUGUAAAUUCCUUAGGUUAGGGAAUUUAGCACAAAUCAUUUUCUGACAGACCCGAUACACCAUAAUAUUCCUGUUUUCCCUUCAUUUAAUUCCCAUGGUCUUAAUGUUAAAUGUGAUGUCCAUUUUUUUAAUGGGAAGCUCAAGAAUAAGUUGCUAACUCAUUGCUAAUAUCCAUUUUUAAAUAUAGUUAAAACUUUUUGGCUGGGUACAAUGGCUCAUGCCUAUAAUCCCAGAGCUUUGGGAAGCUGAGAUGGGAAGAUCUCUUAUGCCCAGGAGUUCAAGACCAGCCUGAGCCACAUAGCAAGAUCCAAUCUUAAAAAAAAAAAAAAAAAAAAAAAUUUUUUUAUGGCCGCAAACCCUGUGUCUGCCCUGUUGACAGUUGGCUUAUGUGAGCUAAAGCUGGCCUGUAGGCAGUGUUUCAUCAUCUGUAUGAUCUGUAGCUCCUGCUCAGGCCUAGAAUGGCUUCCUCCACCUGCUUUGAGCCCUCAGGAGCCCCACUCAUCCAUUCAUUGAGAGCACCCACUUGUUGAGCACCUGCAGUGGGCCAGGCCUUGACUGCUCUAAUCCAGUCUGUGACAGAGCACCUACAGUCCAUUGCCAGGAACAGCUGUUAAGAAACAACUGCAUUCAGUUAGAAAAAUACAGAUAGAGGCCAGGCAUGGUGGCUCACACCCGUAAUACCAGCACUUUGGGAGGCCAAGGCGGGUGGAUCACGAGGUCAAGAGAUCAAGACCAUCCUGGCCAACACAGUGAAACCCCGUCUCUGCUAACAUACAAAAAUCAGCUGGGUGUGGUGGCAGACACGUGUAGUCCCAACUACUCAGGAGGUUGAGACGAGAAUUGCUUGAACCCAGGAGGCAAAGGUUGCAGUGAGCUGAGAUUGCGCCACUGCACUCCAGCCUGGCUCCUGGUGACGGAGCAAGAUUCUGUCUCCAAAAAAAAAGAAAAGAAAGAAAAAUACAGAUGGAGAAAGGUUGGUAAAGAUGAGUGUUCAGAGUCCCAUGGGAACACAUGGGAAGGCUUUACAGAGCAGUAAAGAGUCUUUCCAUUGUACCCAUUCCAUAAAUAACUACGUGUGCCCACCAUGUGCAAGGCCCUGGGUUAGACACAUCACAGCCCCUGUUCUCCUCAGAACAUUCCAGUGGGGCAAACACACAAAACCCAAGUAGACAAAUGAGUAAAAAUAAUGUGAUAUGAUAAUAAGUGCUAAGGAGGAAUAAACAGGGUUCUGAGGCAGAAAAUGAGGUGCCCUGUUUUGAUGGAGUGGUGGGAGAAGGCCAAAUGAAGAGUGACACUUCAGCUCAGGCUCGGAAGAUGAAAAGAGGCUGUGAAGACCAACCCAGUCAGGAAGAAUGGUUGAUGCAAAGGCCCUGAGGCAGAAAAGAACUUAGUGUGCUUGAGGAAUUGGAAGCUGGCCAGGAGUUGGAGGAAAGGACCAUUAGCCACCACUUUUCAUGUGGUGUGAGGAGGGGUGUGGCUAUUGUGGGCAAGGGUCUGGAAUGGCAUGGGUAUUGGUGAAUGUGCCACAGAUACAGAAUUCCAGACGGGACAAGUGGGGAAAAGCAGGCUGGAAAGCCGUGCAGGAGGCAGAUUCUAGGAUACUAGGCCAAGAGAUUGCAGUUUUACCCAACAGACAACAGGCAGCCAAAACAGAGGAGGAUUUUGUGUUUCCACUUAAAAAUUUUUUUUCUGACAACAAAAGUAACUCUAUUUGUGGAAAUUUUGGAAAAUGUACACAAGUACAUUAAAGAAAAAAAUCUGAAAAAAAAAAUCUGGAAGCACACAUUCAAAGCAUUGUUCACAUUUUUAUAUCUUCUUUGCAUAUAGAUAUGCAUAUAGUUUUCCAAAUAUGAGAUUUUUCUGUACAUUCUAUUUAUAAUUGCUAUUUCACUUAACAAUAUAGAGCAAACAUUCUGAAAAUGUUCUCCUGUGUCACUGCUCUUUUCCAGCACAGCACACAGGUACCAAAAGCUGUGCUGGGAAAGAACAGUGACACAGGAAUUUGCGCUAAAUUCCUGCGUUUAUUUAACCAAGCCCCGGAUUGAACACCUAGAAUGUUUCUAAUUUCCAGCAGUGCUGUGAUAAUUAUCCUUAAAGGGGGUGUGUUUAUUCAUAUUCAUAAUUGUUUCCUCAGAAAUUCCUAGAGACAAAGUUGCAGGGUCAAAAAGUAUAUAUUUUUUAAGUUUCUGUGUACAUUUUUCUAGAUUAGCUUCCUAAAAGCCUUUUUCAUUUUAUGCUCCUACCAGCAAAGUAUGAGCAUACUUUACUGACCAAGCUACUCACUUUGCACUAGAUUUAAUUUGCCUGUUUGAAAAAGAAAAAAACUUUGUAUAUCCAUUGUUUCAGCCUGCAUUUCUUAAAUGAAAUUGAACAUUAUCUCCCAUGUGUCUACCUGUCAUUUGUACAUGCUUCAUGGAUUAUUCAUACCCUUUGCUGAUUUUUUUUUUUUUUGGUGGGUUCAUGAUUUGGUUACUAAUUUUUCUUUUUUUUGAGGCACAGUCUCGCUCUGUUGCCCAGGCUGGAGUACAGUGGCAAGAUCUCAGCUCACUGUAACCUCCACCCGCUGGGUUCAAGCGAUUCUCCUACCUCAGCCUCCCUGAGUAGCUGGAAUUACAGGCGCCUGCCACCACGCCCAGCUAAUUUUUGUAUUUUUAGUGGAGAUGGGUUUCGCUGUCUUGGCCUGGCUGGUCUUGAACUCCUGACCUCGUGAUCCACUCACCUCAGCCUCCCAAAAUGCUGGGAUUACAAGCGUGAGCCACUAUGCCCGGCCAUCCUUACUAAAUUUUAAGAGCUUUUUAUAUAUUAAGACCAUUAACCCUACUUGCAGAUAUUUUCCCAGUCUGUCUUUUUUAAUUGCCUUAUUUUUUCAAUGAAAGUUUUGCAUUUUUAUAUGGUCAAUUCUGUCUAUUCUUUUAGCCUUUACAUGAAUGCUUUUCCCCACCCAGAGAUGAAGUAAAUAUUCACUUAUAUAUCCUUCUCAUUCUUCAAUAAUUUGUCAACUUUAAUCAGAUUUCUGUAUUUAAAAGAUAGCUGAAGAAAUGUGGAGAAAGUUCUAGAGGGGAAGGAACUGAUAUCAGGAAGACCAAUUAACUAGGUGUUGCAGUUGACCAAGAGAGACCUGGCCAUGGCAGAGAUUCCAACCCUUUCCUGUCCUCAGACAGUCUGAUUGUAGAGUACGCCCAUCAGGAGUAGCUCUCACUAUGUGCAAUGAUUCUCAACCUCAGGUAGGGGCAGGGGCAGGGGCAGGGGCAGGGGCAGGGGUAGGGGUAGGGGUAGGGGCAGGGGCAGGGGCAGGGACAGGGACAGGGACUCUCAGCUCAUCUGAGAAUCCCAGUGGAGUUUCAAAGGAGAGAACAUAUUGAACAGAGGCUCAGGAGGGUAGACAACUGAAUGGCUGUAGAUCCUGAGGAGAGUAACUGGGACUCAGGUAUUUUAUUUGGGAGAGUGGGUAGAUCAUGGUUCCAUUAACCUGGCCCAUAACAACUAUGGGAGGCAGAGCCCUAGAAAGGAGGGGAAGAGCAUGGAAGGUGACAUAGACAUGUUAGGACUUAACUCAUUUUAAAAAGGUAUAGGUUGAUUCAGGUGGAAAUAUCUAAGCAGUGAGAACUGGGAUCCUGAAGCCCAUGAGUCUGUAAUGGGGAGUGUGCAUUCAGAAGCCAGCUUAAAGGAAGUUGAAGCAGUGGGAGUGAAUGAAACAAGCCAUGUGUGGAGAAUAAGAAGAAAAACAUGGCCAAGAAGGAACUCUCAGGAACAUAAAAUUCAAAAGGUGGGAAAGGGGUGUUGAGGAGGAGAAAUAAGCAAAAAGGACUAAGAGGAACUUGUCGGAGAAGUAGGAGAACCAGAAUGACAGCAGUGCCAAGAGCAAAAGUGUUUCAAGGAGAGGGAAUGGUCUUCAGCUUUGGAACUUUCUAGCAAGACACCUAGGCCCUUCAUUGUACCAUCAAAACCCACCUCCUUUUUCAGCUGCUAGAAAAGGGGCUGACUCUUUCUGCUACUCUUUCCUACUCUUAUGUCAGGUCCAUUCACAGCCCUGGUAAUUGCACACACUGCUUCCUCCACCCACAGCACUCUCCCCUGCCCCUCCUGGUAAGCUGCUCCUCUUUCAGGAGCCACCUCAGGUAUCGCCUCCUCUGUAAAGGCAUUCCUAUUCCGCCUUCUCCAAAAUUCACUCAGCACUGUUGUGAAUUUCUCAGAGCUCCCUUGGUGCUAUAGUUCAUCUCUAGUUAGCGUGCCACUUUGUGGGGUAGUUAUCUACUUAUCAGUGCUUCUCAGGCUGCUCUAAGGGAGUUCCCCCAGCAACAGAGAAGAGUUAACUCAACAUUCACUAGGGACGUAUCCCAACACAGCCUAGGACAUGCUUUUUCCUUUUGUUUCUUAGAGAAUGAGGUCUCAUUAAUCCCCUUACUGGCCCCAAACUCCUGAACUCAAGCAGUCUUCCCACCUCAGCCUCCCAGAGUGCUGGGAUUACAGACAUCAGUCACUGCGCCCAGCCUGGAAUGCUUCUUUUAAAGUCCUGUGUUUUUGUAAUUAAUAAUGCUGUUUUUCAUUCUAUCACUCUAAAUGUUGGUUUUAACUUACCUAGACAUCAAGUGUUUCUAGUUACUUAUAUAAAGUAAAGCUUAUUCUCCAGCAAGUUUCUCCGUCUUUGUUCCAUGAUUUCCCUUACUAUAGCACCCUGAUGCACAUCCAAGGGAAAUCGUGUCCUGGUUUAAGAAGCUUCAGUUUUCACAUCUAUAUCUUCCAUUGGACCACGUGCGUUGCCACUGCAGUGACUGUUCUUAAACUUCCUAUCUUUAGUACCCAGCACAGUACCUAGGGCAUAGUAAGCAUUGAUGUAUACAUUUACAGAAACAAAGGACAGAAGGAGGAAGGAAGGAGUUGGAAGAGUAGAUGAAUAGAUAAAAGGAAAGGAGGACAAAAAAGGGUAGGUAGACAGAUGACCAGAUGGAUGGGAUAGAGCCAAGGAGGGGAGGGAAGGAGGGAGGGAGGGAUGAACGGAUAGAUGGAUGGAGGGAUGGGUGGGUGGGUAGGUGGAUGGAUGGAUGGAUGGAUGGAUGGAUGAAUGGAUGGAGGAAUGAGUGGGUGGGUGGAUGGAUGAUGGAUGGAUGGAUGACAAAGGUUAAAGAGUGAGUAGUGCAGGCCAGGCUGUGGCUCAUGCCUGUAAUACAAGCACUGUGGGAGACCAGCCUGGGCAACAUCAUAAGACCCCCAUCUCUACAAAAAAUACGAAAAUUAGCCAGGUGUGGUGGUGUACAUCUGUAGUCCCCGCUACUCCGGAGACUGAGGUGGGAGGAUCACUUGAGCCCAGGAGGCUGAGGCUGUAGUGAGCCAUGAUUAUGCCAGUGCACUUCAGCCUAGGCAGCAAAGCAAGAUCCUGUCCAAACAAAACAAAAAACAGGAAGUAAAGCUUGACUGUAAAGUAUAAUGAGAGAGAACAUUAGCUAUGGAUAGUUUAAUUUCAAGACAUUUGGUGGCAGUGGAGGGAUAGGGAAGGACAGAUGGACUUUUUGAUCUUUUGUGUAAUGGAGGAGACUUGAACAUGCUUCUAGGCUAGGGAACGAAGUAGACAGCCACCAGAAGAGAGAGUGAAAAUUUCUUCAAUCAAGAAAUAUUUAUUGAGUACCAACAAUGUGCCAGGCUCUAUACCAUGGAGUGAGCAAGAUGUAGACAGAGUUCCUGUGCCAUGGAGCUUUCAUUCCAUCAGAAAAUAGAAAGGAUAAUGAGCCAUCAUCCAAGAGAAGAUUGAAUCUCCUGCUGAUUGGGGUGUUCUCAGGAAGAGCAAAACGUUGUAACGUUAGUCCAGGUCAAACAUAAUUAUGAAGGUGAGACUGCCGAAGGGAAAAGCUACAUACAUUCCAAAGCCACCUCUGUGUGUGUGUGUGUGUGUGUGUGUGUGUGUGUGUGUGUGUGUGUGUAAAGGACACAGAGAAAGAGCAAGAGUAAAGCUGGAAAUGUCCAGUGUGUAUUUGCCAAAAACGUUUUUCUCCUGUGAUUCAGACAAGGUGUUGCUUUCAGGAUAUAGAAGUGAAACCAAGGCAGAAAAACACAUGGCCAAGUCUUGUCUAGCCAGUUAGCCUAAGCUUUUCUGGUCUCUUUUAAGUGACUCAUUUCCCUUUUGUGUGGUUUUCUUAAUAUAUUCUGCAUAAGGCUGGCUGUUACCACCAAACAGAAGCAAAAUAUGUGAUCUGAGCAUGCACUGCCUCUUGAUCUAAUCCACUUCUUACUUAUAUCUGUGUUCAUUCUCUUUGAGUCCUAUAGUUUGGGACAAUUCUACAGACUCCCCACCCCUGGAAGUCAUUAAUUACCAGCUACCAGCCACUCAGUAUUUAGUUAUAGUGAAUAAAAUACUUUCAGUGUCAAAAACUAUAGAUCUCAUUUCUAACUCUAGAUUAUUUGUUUCACUGAUAAUAUUAAGAAAUGACUGUAAAUUGGAUGAAAAUAUUCUUAAAUUAUUUCAUCUUUAUUAUUUCCUUUUUUUUUUUUUUUUUUUUUUUUUUGACACUGUCACCUAGGCUGGAAGGCAGCAGCGCAAUCAUAGCUCACGGGCAACCUCGGCCUUCCAGGCUCAAGUUAUCUACCUCAGCCACCCGAGUAGCUGGAACCUGGCUAAUUUUUUAAUUUUUCAUAAAGACAGGGUCUCACCACAUUGCCCAGGCUGGUCUCCAACUCCUGGGCUCAAGAAAUCCUCCUGCCUCAGCCUCCCAAAAUGCUGGGAUUUCAGGCAUGAGCCACAGUACCUGGCCCACUUUUAUUUCUCCUAUUUAUUUCUGUUAGUUUAGGCUAUCCCCAAAUACUUUUUAGAAGUAGGCAGAGUAUAUUCACAAGUACCUUUUUUAUUACCUAGAAAACAAAUCUACAAAGAAUGAAGACAUUGGACUCAGUUUGUGAUUUGCUCAUUUUAAUGUCUGAUAUUAUAGAGGCCUUACUAAUCCUCUGUGAUUAACUGUGGAAAAUUUUGCUUUAAUCAUUACAACAGGUUAGAUCAUGAGACAGUGAACACACAAAAAAAAGAAUUGCAACUCUGUAGUAUUGAAAAAAUGUUAUGUGGCAUAUUUUUUUAUAACAAAUCAUAGCUCAGGCUGGACUCAGACAGUAAUCCCAGCAUUUUGGGAGGCCGAGGCGGGCAGAUCACCUAAGAUCAGGAGUUCAAGACCAUCCUGGCCAACAUAGUGAAACCCCAUCUCUACUGAAAAUACAAAAAUUAGCCAGGCGUGGUAGUACACGCCUGUAAUGCCAGCUACUCAGCAGGCUGAGGCGUGAGAACCAGCAAGGCAAAGGUUGCAGUGAGCCAAGAUUAUGCCACUGCACUUCAGCCUGGGCGACAGAUUGAAACUCCAUCUCAAAAAAAAAAGAAAAAACAUAGCUCGAAGAUUGAAAAUCAUUUUGUCUUACAAUGGCAUUCAUUGUAAAGGAGAUCUGACCUAACAUAUUAUUAACAUUGGGCUUUUCGUUACUUUAAGUAUUCACUAUCAUAGAACACUAAAUUAGACAGGUUCCAUAGAACUUUAUGCUUUUAUACUUUUUGUGAUGGUUAAUAAUGAGUGUCAAUUUGAUUGGAUUGAAAGAUGCAAAGUAUUGAUUGUGGGUGUGUCUUUGAGGGUACAAAAGGCUUUCACACUGCAUUUUACUCCUCCUUCAUGAUACUUCUAUAAGAUAGAGAAUGUAAUUACCGUGUCCUUCAUGUGACAGUGAGGAAAAUGAGGCCCUGGGAUUCAAGAGACUUGACAAAAGUCAUUCAGGUCAUUGGAAUCUGCAUAUACCACACACCUUGCCACCAAGUAGUUCCUAGACGGAAGCAGAAGCAAAUGAUCAUUUAUGAUCGUAAGCCUCUUAGUAUGGCAUCCAACUCAUGGCAAACCCUCUCCAAAUGUUAGCUAUAUGCAUUUAAAGUUAAAUUCCCACAAACAAAAAUGACAUUAACAUUAUGGAAAACAGAGCUUUAUAAAUUAGAAAGUCAGUGCUAUGCCCCUCCUGUGGCCUCGCUAGCAUUUCAAAAGGUAGCCCAGGGAUUCCUGCUCAUUGCUUAUCUUUGUUUAUAUUUGUAACAAAAGAUGAUGAGGCAGGGUGCAGUGGCUCACAUCUGUAAUCCCAGCACUUUGGGAGGACAAGGUGGGUAGAUUGCUUGAGCCCAGGAGUUCAAGACCAGUCUGGACAACAUAGUGAGACCUACAAAAAUAAUGAGUAAAAUUAGUUAGGUGUGAUGGUGUGUCCUGUAGUCCUAGCUGCUCUGGAAGCUGAAGUGGGAGGCUCACUUGAGCCCAAGAGACAGAGAUUGCAGUUAGCCAAGAUGGCGCCACUGCACUCCUGCCUGGACAACAAAACAAAACCCUGUCUUAAAAAUACACAUUAUGCAUUUUGUGGAAUAUGUAUUUUUCAGUAUAAAUGCGUGUGUAUGUCUGUGUGUGUGUGUGUGUGUGUGUGUGUGUGUGUGUAAGUCAGCUAGGCACAGUGGCUCACACCUAUAAUCCCAGCACUUUGGGAAGCCAAGGAGGGUGGAUCAUUUGAGGUUAGGAGUUCAAGACCAGCUUGGCCAACAUGGUGAGACCCCCAUCUCUACUAAAAAUACAAAAAUUGGCAGGGUGUGGUGGUGCACGCCUGUAAUCCCAGCUACUUGGGAGGCUGAGGAAGGAUAAUUGCUUGAACUUGGGAGGCAGAGGUUGCAGUGAGCCAAGAUCAUGCCACUAUACUCCAGCCUGGGCAACAGGGUGAGACUCCUUCUCAAAAAGAAAAGAAAAGAAUAAUAAAUAUUUUUAAAAGAAUUUAAAGUGGUACUGAAUAAGAAGUCAGAUGUCCCCUCAUUGAUGUCCCAUGCAACACAAUGGCUUCCCACUGGCACUGGGAAACAGGUUUUUUCCCACCUUGGCAAAUGUUCAUAGAGUCAGUGACCUACUGUGGUCUUUCUGCGGAGCCCAGACAGAUCCUAACCUAGUAGCUGUAACCCCUUCUUAUUAGGCCCCUUCUCAUUUUCCCUUCUCUGCCUUCCAUACCUAGAUAUUCUAGAGGACAAGCUUUUUUUUGAGACAGGGUCUCGCUCUAUUACCCAGGCUGGAGUGCAGUGCUGCAAUCUUGGCUCAUUGCAACCUCCAGCUCCCGGGAUCAAACAAUUCUCCCAACUCAGCCUCCCAAAUAGCCAGGACUAUAGGUGUGCACCACCACUCACGGCUAAUUUUUUGUAGAGAUAGGGUUUUGUCUUGUUGCCCAGUCUGGUUUCAAACUCCUGGGCUCAAGCAGUCUGCCCAUCUUAGCCUCCCAAAUUGCUGGUAUUACAGGCAUGAGCCACCAUGCCCUGUCUAGAGGACAAACUUUUGACCAGAACCAAAUUUCUUCAGUGGGUGAUAAACCCAGAAAGAAGGGGGUUAGGGUUCUGUAGCAGCUAGAAUGAUGAGAGCACUCUGCUCAUGUUAAGAACAAACUAAGGAGGCCGGGCAUGGUGGCCAGAUCACAAAGUCAAGAGAUCGAGACCAUCCUGGCCAACAUGGUGAAACCCUAGUCUCUACUAAAAAAUACAAAAAUUAGCUGGGUGUGGUGGCAUGUGCUUGUAGUCCAAGCUACUUGGGAGGCUGAGACAGGAGAAUCACUUGAACCUGCAGGCAGAGGUUGUAGUAAGCCGAUAUUGUACCACUGUACUCCAGCCUGGGUGACAGAGCGAGACUCUGUCUCAAAAAAAAAAAAAAAAAAAAAAAAAAAAAGAACAAA